ACUCACUUACAGGAUGCUCCUGAGGCCCACACUAAGUUAGUCUAUCAGCAGCCUGACAGGCGUGUUAACAAACUGCUUCCAGAUAAGGCACUCGCGGGACUGGAGUUGUGAAUGAGUGGAGGAGCAGGGGUGGGGGUGUUCAGUCAGACUCGGCUCUCCUGCUCGAGGAGCGCUCACAGAAGACGCGUUGCAGUCCGAUGGGGCAGCAGACACAGCAGCAACAACAGCGCUGUCUCCACCACAUUACCUUCAGACACGAGCGGAGCGGCAGCUCAGAUCCUCUGAACGCACAGAUACACUCACAGAUACAGCCUCGUGCUUUUCACAAAGAUUUUUUUACUGGAGUUUUUCUAACAUCGAUGAGUAUUGGACACAAUAACUGAAGACGGAAUGGAUGCUUCACAGCUGCUCCUGCUACUACUACUGCUCUGUGGGGGUCCGCAAAAAGUAAGUCAUUAUCUUUACUUUUGAAGAAUGUCAUGAUAUAUUUUUUAAGAAAAUUGCUUUUCUAUCUAUCUAUCUAUCUAUCUAUCUAUCUAUCUAUCUAUCUAUCUAUCUAUCUAUCUAUCUAUCUAAACAAUGUUUAUAUUUCUGUUUCAGGGUUUAAAAUAAAUCACUUUUGAGUUUAUAUAAUCUGUCAAAAUGUGUCUUGGACUUGUAGCUCCUAGAAAUGUAACCUGACAAAACUUCUGGUUGCUCAAGUUCAAGCCUACACUGUAAUUGGUAGUCUAACCUUUCAAUACUACUGUGAAGUGUUCACUUAAAGACACUGGAUAGAUAGUCUUCUAUCAUGAGAACUUUAGGAGAAAUCUUACUGUACAGAGACUUUUGUAAAGACCAAUCUAAGUAAAACUCUUGGUCUUCUUUCUGUAGCCAAGGACAACUUUUAAGCAAUUUGGUUUGUGUGUCACCUGCUGCUGCAUCUGACUUUUCAUUGUGUUUUAUUCCCUCUUGGAAGGAUUAGAAAUUUCGUGCAGCUUGAUAGAAACAUCUUGAAUUAGUGAUAAUAGGAUUAGCAAUGGAUUUCUGAGCAGUUUAAAAGUCUGCGAACGAGGUGUGAAAACCUAGGAGCAUUAUAGAAAUGUCUGCGUUCUCUACCCUCACUGACAACACUCACAUGUUCAGCCCACCCGGAGGCUCUCAAGUAUUGAGCAGAUACGUCAUCUGUUGACAUAUUUUAGUGGCUCUUACAUGCAGCACCACCUCCCACAGCCUUGGGCUUCACAAUACCAUGAGCUAAUACGAUUCAUUUGUAUGUUCAGUGAGAAAAUGUGGCGUCAGGGGAACGUUUCCAAAAGUAAUAUGGCGGGAUCAAUAUCAAACAGAUGUGGAUGUACAUCACAAAUGAAGUUAUUGCUGAAUGUGAAGCUUGCAAACAGCGAAUAAUACCAACGUGAGAAACAGGUUCAAAUCCAACCUGGAAAGCCAUUAAACAUUCAAAUUUUGACAACUUAUUAAAAUGACAUUUGGCUGACAUCUAAACCUGAUGUUGGAUUGACUUCAACCAACGUCAGUGGAUGGAUUUACCUAAGUUAGAUAUGACAAGUUUGUUGUCUAAGUUUAACGUUGGACUUCUGCACCAACCUGCUUAUCUUGGCAAAACACUGUGUUAAUAUUAAAACCCAGUGUUGUGUUGACCUCAUUUGAAUAACCAACAUUCGAGUAUGACAAAAAGUCAGACCCAGGUUGAGCUGAUGUUUAGAAGACACCAGAAUCAAAUUUUGGAGGUGCUUCAGUAAAGUGAAGCUGUUGAAAACCAGGUUAAUGUUAAAACCCAGAGGUGCUGGAUAUCGAGUCGUGUUUGGAAACCAAAAUCUGUUGAACCUCAGAAGCCAUUUCUGACUUCUGACAGACAUUGAGAUGUGGCUGACAUCAGUCACAGACAUUUGAUGGACAUUGAACUAUGGUCGGAAUUGAAAAUCACUGUUGCCCAGUUUUGGCUUGAUGUCAACCCUUCAGUUGUUAAACUUUAAAUCUGACACACUUUCCAAGCCAGUACCUGUGAAGUGACACAGAUUUGAAGUCUUUAUGCUAAACUUGACAUAUCAGUUUCCAGAUCAAGUAAUGUUAUUUAUGCUGUAUUGGUUUGAUAUGUUUGUUUAGCUGAUAAACUCUGCAGUCUUAAAGUAAGUCAAACUCAUUGAACCACAAGUAAAGCUCAUAGUGGAGUGUAGGGCUGUAAUGAACCUGCCUUGUUUUACAGUCUUAAGCUUCUCUUCCUAUUGUGCUGUCAGCCCUCCUCAUUUUUUUCCAGCUCUUUAUUUUGUACUUAGACGAGGCAAGGACAGCAAUUUGAAACACCAACAGUCCUUAAAACUUGAAGCAACAGCCUUGCAGCCCUUGUGAUGAGCUCUGCACUAACAAACCAUCAUAGCUGGCAGGUAUUUAUGCUGUGUUUCUCUCAUGAAGACGGCUUGUAUAUUUCUGCCCUGAAGCAUUCACAGAGGUCCACUUAUCAUAGAUUGACAACUUGAUUUAUUGCUUUCUGCAGCAACUGUUACGGACUGACUGUCCAAAGUCUGGAGGAUAAUAGUGAGCCUUUAGUGUCUCCUAGAGGGAAACAAUUGAGAUUUGUUCCCAGUAUUAAAAGCUCAAGCAUAAAUCACUGUCAUGCAAUCUUCAUCCUGCUCUUCAUAGAAUAAGAAAUAUAACAGAGUUGACCUUGGCCAUACAUCAAACAUCCUAUCUUGUCAUCGUUGCUCUUUCUUUUUCACAUAUUCUGCCCGCUUCACAAUAUAUUGGCAAAUAUGUGAACUCUACUACCUCCAAUAGGAAGAGCAGCCUUCAGUUAAAGUCCACAUUUCUGUAUUACGUCGGUCUCCUUCUGGUUUCGUUUUUACCUGCCUCAAUCCAUCUUAAGCAGCAUUAAUGAAAAACUGGAGAGUUGGUGUGCAUCUGCUGUGCAAAAGCUGAACAUAAUAAUGCACUACUUUUUGUAGGAUUAAACUGGCAAUCUGGCUGCUUUUUUUUAGCUACAGCACUGCACUGACUCAUCACAGGCAACAGCAAGUCUCUGAAACUGAAGCAGCUAAAUGGAGCUCUCAUUAUUGCCGUUAUUUACAGUUCUGUAUUAGUGCAUUUUCAGCCACUAGAGGGCAGAGAAUGAAGCUCAAAUUACAGUGUUGACUGUGUAAGCUGAUUGAAACAGAUCAACACAUAUCUUUAGCAAAAAGUUGUGAGUCGAAGUGACAGAGCAGAGGUGGUCAAUUGGUGGUCAACAGAUAAGGUCAAGAGAACAAGUGCUGCUAUUGACAACACAGAAGUGAAGCAGAUAAGAUGGUCUAACUAACACAAUACUAUCCUCUUUGCCCUUUUUGCUCAAAAGUAAAGCAGUCAGAGGUUUAAUCUCCUGCUUCUAGCCCUGCUAUGCUGCUAUUACUUCAGAGGAUUUUUCAGCAGUAAUCGAUUAAAGGCAAAAAAAAAAAAAAACUCCUGAGAGCUCAGUUCUUGGAUUUUUCUCACAAUGUCAGGACGACCUCCACUUUAUUCCGCAGGUGCUUUUUGAUCCAGAGGUAGCUCUUACUUUUUUGUGAUAGUGGCAAGUUGACAGUACCUGGUUUAAAUGAAAUAAGGUGUGAGUCAGACUGCAGGAGUUUUGGAGCCAUUUAUACCAGAUUCAAUCCUUGUUGCACCCUCUGGCCAACAUGGAGGUCUGGACAACAUCCUGCACACUUGUUUUAUUUUUUUCUAUUUUAAAGCUGGAGCAUGUUUGAGAUUUGAGGAGAAAAAUCCUUGGAGUAUAUCCUUGCACCUGCUGUAGCAUGAGCAAAGUCUAGAUACAGCAGCUUAGAAGUGUCAUUAGUAUUGCUCACCUUUACUUUUGGCAAAUCUCUCAGCCCCUUUGGGAGGAUUUUGAGUCCCCCAUCCCAAUUUUUUUUUUUAUCAUCUUUAAAACUCUGUUUGGGAUCAUAACCUGUGUCAGAUUUAUUUUCACAAAAAAUAGUUUGAGUUCUUUGGGAGAACUUUAAACACCUGGAAAAGACCUAGAAAAGCAAACUGGACCGUCAGUGAACAUUUUGUUUAUUGUUGUAGAGAUUUCACUCACAGCCGUAUUUGAUAUUUUCCCUGCAAAGAUGUCCAGUAAGUGUCAAAAUUAAGCAGGAUGACAUUUUUGUCAGAAAACACAACUUAAACAUGUACAGAAAAAAUCAACAAUGAGAAAAGAGUUACCCCUUUGUCCACAGGGGGUGCCAAAAUCAACACAAACCAAAAGUUCCUCACAGGAGCUUUUAAGUGUACAAAGACACUUGUGUAAAACUUGCAGAAUCUUAAUGUUUCUGUGACACUUUCUUUCUUAAUGUCACAAUUUCAAUUUUUUAUGUAAUCUAUAUAUCAAAUUAUAAUUUACAACAAUGUUUUUCUAUAUGUGUAGUUUAGAAGUGCCAUGAUAAGUUAUCUGCCAUUGCUUUGGAGGAUUUGUGAACCUGAACAGGGGCAAAUGAUGUAAAAAUCAUGCUGCUGGAAUCAUUUCAGUGAGUUUCCCUCAGAGGAUUUAUAGGGAAUCAGUCCAUGGAGGCUGAGGGUUGUUUGUGUUUUACUGCCUUUUGAAGGUUUGACCUCAGAGAUCAUAUUUGAGUCGCAGAACUGACUGCAAACAGUCUGCUGUCAUCACAUUUUCAGGGAUUAUUGACAUCAGGUCUACAGUCGAUCUGCUUGUCAUUAAAACUGCAGAUUACUGUCAAUCUAAUGCUGGACAUCUGGAGUGAAAAAAAACGGAGAAUUCCCGUGAUAGCUACAGAAUCAAAUGAUUUCACUCCAUAAGAAGCUUCCUCUCAUCCUUGUCCUCUCAUUCUUGUCAAUCUUGUUGUUGUUCAUGGCCUCUGAAAUCCUCUGACUCCUGGCUUGGCUCCCCUUGUUAUGACGUUUGUUGAUGUUGUUAAGUAAAAUAGGAUCAUGCGUCAGCCUGGAGUGUUUUGCUCUAAAAAUUAACUGGAUGAUUUAAUGUUGUUUUGGUGUCUGACCUCCUGGCUUGCUCAAUCUGUCCUGCGCUGAUUGACACGCUGCGUUCCAGCAUUCAUCAAAUAAAGAAGAAGCUGUGGGCUGCCAAAGUGCGGAGGACCUUGGUUUUACCAGAACUGAGCGAGAGAGAUAAAACUAUAGAUGCACAGUUUGGGAUUUCUGUAGAUAUGCCAACAUUUACAAACUCUUUUGAGCAACAACUCAUAUCAAUAGUGAGAUAUUCACACAGUGUUUUUGACUAAAAUUAACGGAGCUGAUCUGAUAAUCUUAUCUGAAUCAGAAACAGAAAUUUUCAUGCAGUCUAAUACCAAUGAGUAACUUUUGAUGCCAUAAUAGGUCAUUACAGAUGUUAUGCUGAUGAUAUUGUGCAUCUCAAACCUACAGCAGAACUAGAGUGAAACUUAUCAGCUCCUCUACUAGGGUGGAAACUUGGAUCUGGCGGGAGAAGUUCAUUUUAACUUGGACACCAACAAUUAUGUCCGUGCGUCAUCCUGCACUGUUUCUUUGUGUUUUUCCCUGUUAUGCUUAAUAUUUCAUAUGCGACUUAGCAGUUCUCUUUACUUUACUGUGAUUUUACAGCAGUGUGGAAAUCGAAGAGUGAAACUUUGUUCUCAUCUCUGUGUGCUCUUGAGUAUUCCUUCAUAGUAAUACCACAAAGCCCAGCACGCCCAGUAAAGACUCAGUUCCCUGUUUAAAUGAUGAGCCCAGCUUACCUUGGAGUGUAUUCUGAAUUUGUAAAUUGAGUCAUCACCCUGAUAUGCAUACGCUGAACAAACAGUACAGGCAGAAGUAUUAUUCAGCUCUGGCAGAAGCCCUUUUUCAUGGGAAACUGUUUUUUUCUUGUCUAAGGUGAGCUGCAGACUGCUGAGGGAACAUUAUCGGGUGAAGUAAGGGCUCCACCUCCACAGGGUGUUUGUGGAUGAUUGAUGAGGAUUGCUCCACGUUUUGCACACCAGCAUGAUUGUAGCUCAUGAAAUAGACCAAUUAGACAACAGAAGAGAAUUGUACACAUGUUCAUAAAUCAUGUCCUCUGUCCUUCUCUUCAUGACCUCCAUUUCUUUCACUUCUGAGACAUCUUCUCUCCUCUUGUUUUCACUUCAUUUGCACUGACCUUUUGGUGCUCUGGGCUGCUUUUCUUACACGUUUUCAGUGACCCGCCGGCUCUCUGCCAGGGGCUGUCAGCUCACAUUUUUCAGCCUCUGUUGACACAGAUGAACAAUCACGUUGGAUCACUCAGCGACUGCCUUCCCCGCUUCCUUAGUAUGUUUGCAUGAUAGCAUCUAUUUGCUAGGCGAGAGUAAGAAUUCUGGUCGAAUUUCACUUGCGGAGAACAUUUCUCUGUGUUUGCUGCUUUAUUACAACAUAGAUAAUUAUAAAACAUGAAAUGCCAGGCUAUAGCUGCAGGGCUAUGAUACAGGGCAAUGGAUAUGAACUUUCCUGCGCUUCAUUUGCACCACGACAGAAGUACAUUGGACACCUUAACUUGUUAUUUGUCUCCUCCACAGGUGUCACUGCUGCAGAUGUGUGACGUGGUGAACCAGAUUGAGCUGGAGAAAGAGCAUUGUGAGAACAGCACCUACGGGAACCUCACUUCAGGUAAUUUUUGUAACAUUUCUUUUUGUCCUGUUCUGUCCCUAUGCCCAUUGGAGUUGUGCAGGAGGCUAUUCAGUGAAAUUGGGAAACAGCGGGAGGAAAUAUAUAGUGGGGUAAUAAAAAACUUUAAGAAACAAAAAACUUUUCAGUCAUCCAUCAAUGUCAGACAAAGAAAUCAUGUCAAGGCUUGAAUAGUAGGAAGGAAACAGCUUUAUAAUAAGAUUUAAUCCACUUAUUGAAACUCAAUAAACCAUCAGUCAUUACUUUCACUAACAAUAAAGUCAGACUCCCCUGAAGCUCCAUAUGACAGCAAACAACAGGCCUAUAGUUCACUAAAGACAUAUUCAUUUUUCCAUAACAGUGAAGACUCAAAGGAUUAAAGACUGUCUAAGAAGGAGGUUUUGUCCAGUACUAUCAUCGCGGAUACACUAGGUGCUGUUGUAGUACUCUAGUCCAGGACUUGGACUUCAGUCUGACUGAGGCCCUGACUCAAGCCUGACCACUGCCCAGUCACCAGACUUUGAGUCAAUGCAGAGUUGAAGUCCUCAGUGUCAGAGUCUAAGUCCAGGUCACAGAGGAAGAUCUGAUUGAUUCUGAUGUGGUUACUGCAGGUGAUGAAUUCAUAUAUUACCUGCAGCUCAUGUGCUUUUAAUCAGAACUUAAUCCAACUAAAAAUCUUGGACCUGAUAGUUGAAUCACUUUGAUGGCAAGUUACUUUAGCUUCUCACCGACCUCUCUGGCUUUGGAAAUGUAAGGUCUGAGCAGCUAGUAUUUCAGUAAACUUAACAUGAAAGAAAUCAGAACUCCAGUCAGACUUGAGCUGGAGUUCUAGACUUGGGUAUUACAACACUGGCAAUGCUAAAUGGACCUGUCUUUGUAAUGCAUUAUGAAAUACAGUAUAAGUGCAGAAGUGUUUCACUUUGACAAAAAGAAAAAGUCUGUCUCUGCUUUCCCCAUCUGACCUCAUCUUAGUAAAAGCACAUUCGUACACACUGGAUUAUGUAUUAAGUUAUUGUACCUGAACUGCAUGCAUUGAAACAGCUUCGCUCCUUAUCUCUGCAAUGGCCUCAUUUCUCUACUUCCCUAUCUACUUCCUCACAGGAAGGUAGUAAAGCCGUUCUCAGAGGUCACAUCGCUAAUAAAUGAAUUAGUGUGUGAGCCUCAGUGAGAAACCAUACAUUCACAGCCUGUGUACAUGCAACCUGUUGAACAGAGAAUGAAACAAACCAGACGCUGACAUAAAUAGCUCUCAACACUUGAUUUAGUCUGGUAGUCAGAACUAAAGCGGGCGUCACAUAAGCCCAGUUAGGGUCCUUUCACCAUAGACUCAGCUGCUUCUGAGACUCACCUCACGGUCUGUCACGGAGUCUAUCCACAAGUUUCUUCAGCAGUCUGAUGGUGUUUUGAUCCUGCUGACAAAUCCUUAUGAGCUGCAUCUACAGAGUCCUAUGGUAAGCUCUAUGAUAUAAGAUGCCUUUAGCACAGGGGACCAGAGUACCAGGUCUGGUCUAAGGGUUAUGGGUGCUUUCUCAGGUAAGAUAUUAACUGCUGGUUGGUAUCCACCAUCAUCAGUCCCUGGGCUGCUCCUUCUUAGGCGUCUGUUUCUGGCUUGGUGGAUUGAAUGUUCCCAGCUGCAUGAUGUUGGUAGUUCCCCACUUGAUCUCAGUGGCAGAUACCUGAUUAUGUCGCUGAGUACACUGGGCUUUUCUUGAGGCUACACUCUGAUAUUAUGGGCUUUGGGGUUACUGGAGUUAGGUAAAGGUUACAUCCUCAGCGAACCUCUUUCAUCACUCCCUCUGAUUGCAUCCAUUGUCCUUCUUUCACAUGUCAGACAGCCUUUGUGCUUCUAUCAGACUCCUCCUGCUGGCCCACCUCCUAAGAAAUUUGUAUUUGAAAGUACCAUGUACCACCGGCUUAGUUUUCAAAGUCCACCAUGUUUGUUUACCCUAAAAUCAUGUUUAUUAUGUUUUCAAAAUCAGUCAAGAUUGUAAAAUACAAAUUCAAUAGAGUGGGGAGGAAAAAAAACUAAAAGUUGGGAAAAUGUUGCUAUUAACUGUUGUUGAUUUGCUGUUGGAGACAAAUCUAUUAUUAACAUGCUUUCACUACUAAUGUCUGACAUGUCUUAGUGCAUGUGAGUCACAGGAAGCAAAACAACAAUAGAAAUAACGGAAGUGGGGUUUUCACUUUUCAGCCCAUGCUGAUGCUAAAACCAGAUGGAAGUAAAACUGAAAGUCCAGAAACACAAUGAUAGACUGAUACACUGAUAGAAAACCUUCACUGUCUUUAUCAAGAUUAAAAAUAAUUAAUCCCUGCAAUGAAAUAACGUGCUGCACACACAGUCACAUAGCAGUGGUGUCUCAGGGGGAAAUGCACUGUGUAGUCUAGAAGAAUCAAAGCUACAAAUUAAAGGGGAGUUUUUUCUCUUAGUGUAUUUCCUGUUAAGAAAGAAAUCAUCUAUUGAUUGUCACAAAUGAGUUACUUCCAGCUUGCAUUGAUAAAAAUGGCAUUAUGUUUUUGUUUUGCUGUCAAACUUGAUGAUUUGUGAUUGAAUGAUAACAGCAAACAGAUUAAAAAACGGGGAAAUUAAAGAACCAAGGUGAUGAAUAAAUUUAUGUUGAAACAGACAAAUAGAAAUGAAUCUUUCUGUCUCCAAAUUAAACUUCCGUUGAUCUAAUGACACUCAGGUCCUGCACAGUAUUGAUUUUGUCACUCGUGCUGUGUUGAGAGCAUGGUUUAAUUCCGUCAGCGUGCACGUUUGUGUUUGCGUGUGUGUGUGUAAAAGUGAGUGAUGCCAUGUUGAUGGUAUUGUCUUCUCUGGGCAGGUUGCCAGGGCAUGUGGGACAUUAUCGCCUGCUGGCCAUCAGCCAGAGUGGGAGAAGUGGUGACGAUAACCUGCCCCACUUACUUCAGCUACUUCAGCGACCAGCACAGAGGUAACCAAUCAGCUACUGUCGAUACAACAACAUGCUCUUUCGGAUAAAUAUUUAUAUGUCUGUUUCAUAUUCAGUCUUAAAACUAUCAACCUUUAUUCUCCAAGUUAUCAAAACCAAAUAAAUGUAAUGCAAAGCCAGCUAAAACGUAGAUUUUCCACAGAAGGACGAGACGACAAUGUGGAUAUUUCUCUCAAAAAUCAUUCAGAAGACUAAGUUUCUGUAAAAUGAAAAAAAAGUCAUGCUGUGCUCUAGGAAUAAUUUAUUUUGAGGCAAACAGGCCCACUGGAUCUCCCAGCAAGCAGACAAUUUUCUGUAAGGUCAUAUAUUCCUAUUACUCCAGCUUUGAGUAUUGUGAUAUUUGAAAGUGCAUUUGCAUACAGUCAGGCCUGUGGGUAGAUAUUGAGGGUGAAAUGUGAUGCUUGCAUGCAAAUGAACAUUUAGAGUCAUCAAAUUGCUACUCAUACGGUCACCAUAAAUUAUUAGAAACCCUGUGGAAAGCCUGAGGCGGAAAAACUUGUGGCAAACUGGAUAUUAGUUCAUGAUCCUCUCGAAAACCAUCAGUGUUAUUUAUGAGACCAGGCACCAAUUUCACUUCUUAAUAUGUGAGAUAAAACAUAUUUUGUCUGUGUUUUUUUAAACAUCAAAGUGGGAAGAAACACUCGUUUUCUCUAACAGUCACUGAAUAGCACUUCAGAGGCUGCACCCAAAGUAACAGCGUUGACCCUGAGAGUCCUCUUAGACUCAUUAAACCCAGGAUCAAAAUUAAUCCAGGUUACUGUAAACCAUGUGCAGCAUUUACAUGAGCCAAGCAAAAGACCAGAUUUAAAAUGCAGGGAAUCCAGCUCAUGCCCUAACCUUUAUUUUGGAAGAAGCACAGACAGAGAGGAGGAGGAGUAAAAAGGAGUCACAUCAGAUAAGAAAGAGAAACAGAACAAGGUUUUAAGUUUUUUUUAUGAGCCACCUACUUAAGCCAAGACCCCUGACUGCCUCUGUCUUCAGCUCUCUAUUAUGUACAGUGUUGCAGGUCCAGAAUGAGCUCGCCUCUAAGUUCAGUUCUCUGUAAAAUGAAGAAGUUUACUUUCACUUUUUAGCUGCACUUAACUCCUCUUUAAGUUGAACCUCAAAUGUUUGAGUCCCUAGCCAUCAGUAGUUGACAUUACCUGAGCUAAAUAAAUUACUUGAUGGAAAUGUAAAAUCACAGAAAGGUACUAAGUUUUAAAAGUUACAAAAGCCACUUUGGAGGAUAUGUUUCACCCCUUAAAGCUGUCCUGAGGAAUAUUUGGUCUGUGUUGGUUUUUGCACCCCCCUGUGGACAAAGUGAUACCUCUUUUCUCUUGUCCUGCACUCAUGAAUUUAUACCAUAUAUCAUCAACAAUCAUCAGAAUGGCUGUUCUUUCAGCUGAUGUCAAUCAUCUUCAAAUAUUAAAAUUACAACACAAAAAGUAUCCUUCUCUCUUGUUGCUGAUGGUCUGGUUUGCAUUUAAGGGUUUAAAAAAGACAUCAGGAUCAGUUUGUUUAUCGACCAGUUAAAAACUCUGCACAGUGCCUUGAAAAGCCAUCAAUCAGGACAACUCAAAAACAGAUCAGGAUGUUUAUCAUGGAAAGCUUUAAAAGCUCAGAACACAAACAACAAAACAUGCCUCAUCUUUCAAAUCUGAAGCUUCAGCCAAAACUUCACACAUCACAUAAGUUUACAUCUUCUCAAACAGUUCAGAGUAAAGUUAAGAUCUUGUUAACACUUGACCCAUCCAAGUAAUGUCAAGAUUCUUCUAUUCAAACAGCAUCAUAUGUAGUGUCAUUGAUACCUGCUCUAUUCUGAAUCCAAGGGGUCUUUGCUGCUGUCCGUUCUGCCUUGGCUUUUCAUAUGCACAUCUCUGUAGCCCCUCACAUAAACCAAGGAUACCUCUAGCAUCUAAUGCAAGGAACCACUAGCCUGGCUGGGCCAUCCAGUUGCGUGAAUCACUUGCCGUUCCUUCCCACAACAGUCUGGACUUCGGCCAAUUGGGAGCCCUAAAAGUGGGCGGGAGUACUUUCCUUGAUAGACAGACUACUGUAACCAAUCACCGUAACCAAACAUCUGACGUCAUCACAGUGCGCAACUGUGUUCCCUGCUGGACUCUCAAGCAUCAAGUAAAGGUUUGGUAAUAUUUCAACGUGUACGAGCAAACGAUGUCUUUUACGUCUUCUUCUGCGGAUAUAAACGGUUUCUGCCGACUUUGCAAAGUCAACUGCAGAAUUAACGGCGUUCUGAAUGAACGGCGCUUUGAAAAGUCCCGCAGCAUGUGUUAGACGUCGCCACUACACAUGGACCAAUCAGGGGCUGACUUUCCCUGUUGUCCGGGGAACAGUGGAAACAAAGUCACUGAUUGGCCCGGUUAUUUUCUGAUUUGUAAUACACGCUCCCAAUUGGCCGAAGUCCAGACUGUUGUGGGGAGGAACGGCAAGUAAUUCACGCAACUGGAUGGCCCAGCCAUUCUAAGGAACUGCAGUCUCUGACAGAUAGUUUAAAACCAUAAUAUUUACCUGUAACUGUGGAAGAGGAGCUACUUCUGUCAAAGAACUGAUACAUUUUACUGCAUUUAAUGUCAAUCUAAUGUAAACGGUUAGACAGAUUCAGGAUAAAUGUGUUCUUUUUUAAUCAUGCAAACUCACUUGACAAUCAACACAGAUAAAUGAAUUAGCCUGUUAGCUCAGCAAGCACACCAUAAGAUAGUUUCUCCUUAAUACAAAGCAAUAGUUUGAUUAAAGACAUAGAUAAGCAGAAACAAGGCAUAAAACCAAACUUGUUCUUGCCUUUUUCAAUUUGUCCUGGUUUGUUCAUAAAAGUCCUUCAAAGUUUAACCAGAGCUGCCUUCACCAUCAUAUCUAACUUCAUCAUCAGGAUACGUGGUGCCAUAAAUCUGACUCCAGUUGCUAUAAAACACGGUGCUUGGUGGUUCAUGCUCUUGUUACCUCUUGGUUCCUCCAGGAAUGUGGGCGGUAAUUCACCCUCUCCAGAUUCAACAAUCCUCAAAUGAGCCAUUCAGCUCCACAUUCACUCAAAUUCGAGCACAACACAAAUUUCAUUAUCAGCAGGGUUUUGUUUUUGUCUGAGCUCCAUUUCAGACCCCCAGAGAAUAAUCCUUUUUAUCGGCUGUAUUUAGAAACAGUGGGUUUAAGUUGUUUUUCUUGCUUGUUUGAGUCAGAUCUUCUAAUUUUCCAUAAUUUUCUUGUCCUGAUAACAAACCUCUGUGUUUUUGUUGCUCUCUACCAGCAAAUUCUCUAGUGGGUAAUUCAAAGGGAAGGCCGAUUUUGUGGCCGCUCAUGGGUUUGUGUGCUCCUCAAGAGCCCCUUUAAUAACCCCUUACUGUUUCCUAUUUGUUUGCACUCAUUUAAAGAUAGUACUAGUACGUGAUUUUACUUUAGUGUAGCAUCUUAAGAGAGUAACUGAGGUGCGUUUGACUAUCUUGAGUUGUAGACAGGCACUUUCACUGAAAUGCCAGACUGACUCUAAAGCAGGUGUUUUAAAGAAGAACAGCUGUUAUCCUGCUUUCAGUGUCCUUGUUGGCCAAGAGCCACUAUUUAUCCUUUGCUUCACGGAGGAUUGAUAUUAGACGCAUUACGCAUUAAGUGCUCCCCGCUGGAAAACUUUAUGGCCCUGUUUAAUGUUGAAAUAUCAUCAGCGCAGCUUUUUUGUGAAUUGGACCUUGAGAAGGGACAAAAAGCAGCUGUGAUGUGUAAUUUGAGAUUUCUCCACAUAACUUGGUCAAUCGUAUAAGCUCAUUUUCAAGUGUAAAACCUUUUUCUAUGGGCUUCAGGACAUUUUAUAAAAGGCUAUGUCCUCCUUUGGAUUCAGUGCCAUAUCAAUCAUGAUUGAAAUCUAUUAUGGAAAGGGUAAACAUGACCCCAAGUCAAGGUACUCUUAUAAUCUUUAAAACUGGUCUAUUACAGACUCCUCAGCGUCAGCAACUUUAGAUACAAAACCUCAAAUAGUGAAAGGCCCAACCAUGUUUUAGAGCAUCUUUCAAAAGAAUUUAAUCCUUACCUUUUCACUGUACUAAACACUGGGAGCAGUUUUAACGGUUUUAACUGAGGCUGACUCACCCCAAGCUUUGAUCAGUCGAAAUAGAGGCGAGGAGAGGUAGCUGAGCCCCAAGCUUUCAUGCAAGCAGCUACAAUAUACCCCCCGGUUGCUGACAGGUGAAUUUGAAAUAAUAAAUCACUUCCUCUACAGUGGAUAGAAACAAUGAAAUGUGCUUUUAGAGUUUAUGAAGUACAACGUCAUUCAGUCAUUUUUAAACCCAAACAAAUAUGAUUAAUUACAUUUAAAAACUCAUAAAGGAUAAAAACAUGUAUGGAUGACAUUGUUGACCCAGAAAGUUAUAGAUGAAUCUGGCUGUUAGAGAGGAACAUUUUGUAAUAAUAAACUUUUGUAGCCAGUAAUUUUGUCUUAAUUUUGUGAACGUGACGGUAACACCAAUAAAGAGUAUCUUGAAAUAUGACAAAAAUGCCACUAGCUACUCUGAAAGUGUAUCAUAUCAUUUCAUAUCAUAUCAUAUAAUUUUGUAUCACAUGGUAUCAUCUUGUAUUGUAUCUUAUCAUAUCAUAUCACAUCCUGUCAUGUCAUAUCAUAUUGUAUAGUUUUGUAUCAUAUCAUAUCGUAUCCUAUCAUUUCAUAUCAUAUCAUUUAGUUUCGUUUCGUAUCAUAUCACCUCAUAUCAUAUCAUUUCAUAUUUUGUAUCAUUUCGUAUUGUAUUGUAUUGUGUUAUAUCGUAACCGUGGCUCUGACAGGAUGUUAAAAAUGCCCAGAAAAUGGAGAUCAGUGUUGUGUAAUCUCUACCUGGUUGAACUGGCCUUUAACCACUCGAUCCUGAGUCUGUGUACACAGCACAGGUAUGUAGACCUGCCAGGAGAUCCCGUGGCUGGUGGUGCUAACUCUGCUAAUGUUAGCCACACCUAUUAAACCAAUUUGCUCUCUUUUAUCUGCAAACUCUGAUUCCAUGUUCAGCUGCAUAAAAUAAAUUGUGCUAAAUUCUGCCUGUUUUCUGAGUGUACCAUUGGACUUGUCCGUUUGUCAGAAUUUUACUCAUCCAUUGAAAAGACUGGAACUAUCUACAUCAUAACGUCCUGAUUCAAGGAUGAGAUAAAUGGUGGAAAUUUUGUGCCAUAUUGCUUUAUUUGUCUGUGAAACAGGAACAGCAAUGUGAUGGAAUAGUCUCCAUUAAAUCCUAGAACUCCAACAAAAGCUCCAGAUGUGCUCGGGUGUUGUGUAUUUGAAUCAAAUGUGUGGGGAUAGCUCUUCUUUUAUAUUGCCUCUCUUUUGUAGUCUUUGUCUUGCUAAAUUCUUUUAAAACUUUCCCCCCAUGUUUCUGUGACAAACACGUUGUUGAAUGACUGUAAACAAUAUAAAUUGGAAGCAGUGAUUCUAGUUUUCCUUUUGUGCCCUUUACAUGAACUGAGAAUCGGGUUAUUGAUUUGAAUCCACAUCAAAGUGAGGUGGAGCGGAUCAGCACUGACACCUCUGUGGAUGUUUUCUGUGAUGCUGCCGAAUCUCUCUCUCGUAUCUUCACUUUCCUUCUCUCACAGAAACAUUUUCAGGUUUCUGCUGGAGGAUAUCUUUUCUAUCUUCACAACAGCUCUGUGCUAUUUGCCUCCAGCUUCGACUCUGCCUCUGUGACCCAGAGACUCAGAAAUCAAACUCAAAAAUCGUUUUGACCACAUACCAAGACGUGUAAUAAUCAGCAGUUACAACUGUUGAACAGAUGGGACAGAUGGGGCUGGUAUGCUUCUUCCUGGUGAAACAUAUUGCACAAACAAAACACAGACGCUUCUGUAACAUAGAAAAAGAGGAGCUUGAUGCCACUGUUCUAUGUGUCUGUUAAAUAUGAGGUUUGCGUGAAACAUGAAGAAGAGGCUAUUAGGACACUACCAAGCAGUAAUAAGUAGUUCCAACUAAAGCUCCUUUUCAGCGUAUCAUAAUGUCUGUUUAAUCUGUGGGGGAUGAAAGUGAAGUAAGUUUACAUUGAGUUUCAGAGGAGUGUGCAAACAGAUUUGGGGGGCUUGGAUUAGAGCCAGGCCUGUUCUUUUAGUGAAGUUGAGCCAGGCUACGAGUUUCUCUAUUACAGCAGCGUGAAAGUGGUUCUGAAUUUAUCAUCUACAUCCCUGCAAGGAGGAAUUGGCGACAUUUUAACCAGUCUUGAGUUGGUAUUUCUUAAUGAUAAUUGGGUCUAAAUUUACAUAGAUUUCAUAUGUAGUUCUUGUAGCUGUUUCUAUGACAACCAGUAGCAGUAAGGUGUAGGGUAAGGUGUUUAUCUUUCCUAGUUUGGCUUACAGCUCUUUGUUUUCUGGUUGUUUUUGAAGUUUAAUCAAAACUUUUCUUAACUCUUGCGUUUUUUGGAUCUCAAGCCUUCCUCAAAUUCAGUGAAUACUUUGUCAUUAUAGCCAAGGGGGGUCUCAAAUAUGAUGUGUUCAUCAACCCCCUUCGGCAUGCUUACUGCGUGCACUUUAAGUACAUAAGUAUUUCAGAGAGGCAGAAACACAAGUAAGUGGCACUUCAUGUGAAGUUGGUGCACUUUAAAUUGCACAUGUAUUGAUUGCAGCGCCAAGAGAAUGAGUUAAAUCUGAAUUUAGAGUCAGAAACUUGUAGAAAUGUUGUAAAUAGCAUGUGGCAUGACUAAACCUGCCAUAGAAAAUAGUCAAAGUGGCUGCUACAGAUGUCUUAAUUUUCCAAAAUAGUAUGCAGGAUUUAAAAAUCGAUCUUCCUCCUUUAUGUACCUGUCUCAUUUCUGUACCCAGCUUGUUUAAAAGGCUUUUUCUUUUGAUAACUAGAAAUCUAGGCUUUAAUGUGAGCAAUUUUAAAGUUUUUCAAAGCUGUUACAGUUCAAUCAACCUUUUCAAAUGACUGGGUCCAGAGAUGGAUAAAUCUUGACUUCUAAACCAGCCGUCCUUGUGUCAGAAUGAUUGUAUAGACGUCUUGUCUGGCAGGCAAAUAUCAUUUCUGGUUGAAACUCAUUUUUUCACCCUCUGCCACAUCAAGACACUGGGAGUACAAAAUGUCCAUAACCUUUCUUUGUAUUCAGUGGUUGCUCUUUCUCUAUGCAUUUCUUUAUGCUGCUCUUUUUCUUUGUGAAUGCUUCACCCUUUGCAAUGCUGAUUAAGAAUGAGCAAAAGCUUUUACUCUGCUCCCCUCGUUCAAAUGGAAGUUUGCAGAGUCAGUGUUUGCACCAAGACAUUAUAUAGCAAAACAAAAAACAAUGACAUCUAUGUGUGUGUGUGUGUGUGUGUGUGUGUGUGUGUGUGUGUGUGUGUGUGUGUGUGUGUGUCCGAGGGCUGGAAAUGCUUUCACUUCUUCUGCCGGCUGAAGGAGCCUGAUUGGUAUGCAGCUGAAGGGGAGCCAAUCAGAAGACAGUACGAGCCACCUCAGCAUUCAGUGCACAGCCUUCAGUAACCAGCUUGCCACCAAGAAUCUUGAAUGUGUGUUUUAUUACUAUGUGUGGAGAAGUUUCACACUCUCACCUUAGAGGAUUUUUGGUCAUAUGUUUAGGGGUGCUAUUUGGUCAGGGUUUAUUAUUUUGUUUCUUUCCCUCCUGAUGAAAAACUUGCAAAAUCCUCUAACACACACACACGCACCCAAUGUGUAACUAAGGUCCCGUCUACACACUGAGUUUGUGUCACUGAAAACAGAGGUUUUGUAGUCUUUGUACUCCUGUUGAGACUUUAACAAUCUUCUUAUUCUAAUUUUCAUUUUAGUGUCACAUGAAUUCGAACUUUAAAUGUCCUAACGUGUUUUUAAUGUGUUGCACUCCUGACUAUGAGAUCAUCUGUUAAACUGGCACAUGCAGGAAAUUUAUUAAAAAAAAGUAGUUUCUUUCCCAUUUUUCAGCAUAGAGCUCAUCAACUAUUCAUCCACUCUGAGCCAUUUUGCAGCUAAAUGGAGGGUUUUUAGCUGUUCCCAUUUAGUUUUGGAUCACUCAGCUUAGCAGACAUCCCAGCCGUAAAUCUUUCAUGCUUGUAUGAGUGAUUGCACCAUUUGCAUGUACAAUCAUAGUAUCUAUCUGAUACUUUUUCUGUAUCAUAGUAGAGGUGAUUGCAGUUCUGUUGAAAAAUUCGCUGUUUGGAUCACAGACAUGGUUUUAUGUGGAUUGAAACAGCUCUACUCAAAACAAAUUUUGCCAUGCUGAUUAUCUGUUAGAAUACAUGGAAGAAUCAAGACAAUGCAUUAAUCUGACACAGGGGACCAUUUUUCAACCGUCACACUUUAUGUCAAACCUCAAUCCUCAAACAUUUCGAUCCUGCAGGGACUUGGUGAAUCGGCAAAAUGUGACUUUGGAAGCUCAUUUGUCCUCAGCUGCAUACAAACCUAGAAAAAUGUUUCUAAAGUAUUAAAAUUUAAGACCUUACCGUAAAUAAAUAAAGUUCUGCAUAAUGUAGAAAGAUUUUGAAUGAAGGUGAAAUCAGGAUAUUGAUGCCUACUAGAAUUAGUUUUAAUACUCGAGGUAACAACAGUGAAAGGAAGACAAAUGCUCUUUAAAAUCUCAAAAAUAGAGAAGCACACUCUGUGAAGGUUUCAUGAUAUUAACUUAAAUGGAGUGGCAAACAAGGAUGUCUUAUAAUUUAUGCAAAUACUGCAGGAUUUUAUCUUUAAACCCAAGACAAAGAGAAUGAAACAGGAACAGCUUGGCUACAGCUGGAGACGGUGGCUAUAAUAAAUCUCACUAAAUCCACAACUUCAACAAAAAGUCUUCUCAAACCCUUCAGCAUCUUUGGUCAGUCCCCUUUUUAUUUUUGUACUUUUUGUACUUUGCUGAUCACAAUUCAAAGCAGCGAAUAGCGCCAUAGGUUUUCACUAGCGAACUACUCCCGUCAAGUAAAAAAAGUGUUCAUGGAGACAACACCAACUUCUAGUGAAAAAAGAAACAAAACAGGCUAAUACUGCUGCUACUUGAACGAAAAAAUAAUACGAACAGUUCUGCCCUCCUGUUGUUUGAUUUAGUCUUUAUAAGCUGAUCUCACUCGUCAUCUCUGUCAGUAAAAAAGGCGUGAAAAUCUAAAGCUUCUGUCAGCACUUAAUAUUAACGUGGUGGGCCAUACAGGAAAAUCUAAGAGACCAUAAAACAGAAAAAAAACCUUGACUUUAAAAGACAAAUAUAGCAAUAUGGCUGUUUCUUAGCGUUGUAUCUGUGAAGUUGUUGCGUCGCUAUAUUUAGCUUUUAGCUGGACUCGCUGCAUCACCUGUUGACCCCUGUAUAGCGACCCAAACUUGGCAGCUAACUCUCCUUUAAAUAUUUUACUGCCAAAGAAAAGUUUAAGGUAUCCAGUACAGGUAACUCUUGAGUUUUAAAGUGACUUUUUAGUCACAGUAAAUGACCUUGUAUCUGAAAGCUAGCAAUUAUGGGGAAACCUGGUAAGGCAAAUUGUGUAUCUCUGUUUCCGCCUCCUAUUGAGUUUCUUAACAGACAGUGACAAAUACUUGUUAAACAAAAAUCAAUAUCCAAUAAGCUGAUGCGAGCAGGUGACAACAACUCUAUUUCUGUGUGAAAAAAUGCAGUCAUCAUUCAUCCUUUACAGAGCCCAUUAGUCAUCAAUCGCCACAUCGCCCUAAUCCUGGAGGAUUGAGAAGGAAGCUGUCCGGUUUUCCCUUCUGCUUAUUAUGAAGGUUUGCUAUUUACUGCAGGAAUGACGUAACUUUUUGCUCAUUUCUAAGUGUAGCUGUAAGCUGAAGGUGCUCUCUAAAGAGAUGUUGCUUCAGGUUACCAUGACCCAGCUUGGAGGGGUCGUUUUUUUUCUUUGAAAAUGGCUGGAUGCUGUUGAUGAUGGUUCUUCUUCCAUCAUAUUCAAGAAAAUGUCAAGGUAGCUGCUUGCAUCAGAGGAUGCAUCAUGAAAGGCAUUAUUGGCACUUAAAUGCACCAGAAUUUGUCAGAAUUCAAACAAAGCCCUUGGAAUAGUAAUGGGACCCUCAGAGCUGUCAGUCUUGAAAAUGAGCUUCUCUCCUUACUUGGCGUUUGUGGAUGAAAUGUUGUGGGUCCUUUUCUGUCUGUGUGCAGAAAAACAAAGUGUGGCAAACUCCAUUAUCAUUAGUGUAUUAGUGAAAGUGUGUAGCAUCUAUUUAUGUGUGUUCAAUGUCACGCUGAUACUGUCAAAAAUCAAUAAUGAAACAACAGGAAGAUCAUAAAGUUGUAUUUGUUUGGCACAUUUUGUUCAGCUUAUUUUCACAUUUGAAGGUGUUUUCUAACUAGUCUUAUGAAAAUUGAUUUUUUACUUGACCUUGGAAAGAUAACAAAAGCACAUUGAUUCACAUACCUGUAGUAUUGUCAUUCAAUAUGCCAAUAAAUAAUUUACAUACAGUAUGAUAUGUGCUCAUCUUUUGGAGUUGUAACAUGUAAAGCAGAAGGCGAUAGAAAGCUCCACAUGCAGACAGGAUUUUCUUUACGUUACACAUUAUAAAAAGAGAAGACAGUUUAGGCUUUUAUAAUCUGUAUUAAACUCUUCAAGAUUUUUAAACUUCUUUUCUUUGUCCCAGAAUCCUUGAGUCUGGGUGAAAAUCAUUAUGCUUUCUCAUGCUUCUUUGUCCUUCCGCUUUGUGAAGUUCUGCAAUGCAGGAAUACAUCUGCUGAAAAGACAGCCUUCUUGGCAAAGACAUGAGCACUUAAUCUUUGUGCCUGCAAAAUGACUUCACACUUACUUUAUAUAAUGCUUUCUUUCAGGAUCUUCAGACAGAUUCAGCCUCUAUGGCCAAUAAGUACCACGUUCAAAAACCUCAGAAAAGGUUAAGGGUGUCGAUAAAAGUGGAGUGAUGCUGUUUCCAAAGUUCAGAGGUGUGUUUGGCCAAUUCAAAGUCAAAUGAAAGAAAAACACAACAAAACUCAGAGAAGAAAGACUCUUCAAAGGUCAUGGAGUCUAGUCUAUUUUCACUACGUCAGGCUGUUUACAUAAAUCUCAAAAAAUGCCCUCAAAAAUGAACAAUCCAGCAAAUUAAUAAACCGCAUAACCAAGCACUUCCAGUCGCCUCUUCAUAGCCUGGAUCAGAAGGGAAAAUCUAUCUUUGUUUGACUACUUGUGUCAAUUUUUUCUCUCAGUAAAAAAAAUCCUCCUAGUUAUAAGCUUUGGAAAAAGGGCAUAUGCAAAUAAGCAACAGAUUAAAAAAAUAAGAGUAUGGCAAAGCUGAUGUAGUCAUUGCGAUAACACAAUAAUGUAAAAAUAAUAAUGCAUCAGAUUUCAUAUAGCGCUUUAUCAGAGACCCUCAAAGCGCUUUACAUUGGAUAGUGACAUGACAGGAGAUAUAUCAAAGGUCAGAUAACAUCAGACUGUUUUACACACAGGCCUAUAUCUUAUAAAGGUUGGAAUAGAAGGUAGAAACUCUAAAAAAUAUAUAAAAAACUCACAUUUAUACAUUGAAUGCUAAAAGAAAAUUCUUUUUCUGCUCUGCCACAACUGAUGAAUCAUCCACAAACUACUCAACUGUUCCAAUGUCAACAAAGUCCUCUGAAAAUCUUUCUGUUGAGAGCAACCUUGAAUAACCAUAAACUGAAGGAACAAAAAGUGAAGGAAAAAAAAUGUCGCUUGAAAAUGUUGAAACUUUACUUGAGUUUGACACAAAAACCAAACCUUGUCUGAAAACUUGUAAACUUGACUUUUUCAUCCUUUUUAUUACCACACGCUAAAGUCAGUUUGGUUUUUUUUCCAGUGGCACAGGGAGACAUAACUAUAAAAUGAAGUAAUUUUUAAGUAAAGUAUUUACCAAAGAAUUUCAAAUCAAGGACAGCUAUCUCAAGUGAAGCCAAACCAUAGACUGUAUAUAGAAUGGACGCCGUCUGCCUCCUCGCGGGGUGAAGCCACUCCGAGAACAGCACCCUCUGUUGAUGGGCUGCAGUAUAGGUCAUAAAUCCCGCCUCCUCCAGCAAAGCUUAUGGAGCUGUGGACAAACUUUAGAAAUUUAUUACACGGAAUAUAAAUUUUUCUCCCCCCUGCUUGUGAUGUUGACAUGUAGUUAUUGUAAGACUGGUUUGUGCUCAAGUCCUCUUUUUUCUGUGAAGCUCUGUUUUUAAAAGUUAUUCGGGGGUUCAUGUUUUCUAUGAUUGACACUUGAUACAGCCUAUUGGCAUUCAGGGAUUGCGUAGCUCACCCGGGGAUACGCUGUUUGAGCCGAGCGUCAUCACAGCAGCUCUCAGCGACUCUCUCACCGAAUGCGCACAACACUACUGCGCAGUGCUGGUUUCAGGAAAUGAAGAAAAAUCCUGGUAAUACCAAGAGCUAUUUGGCUUCAAAUCUGUAUACAGGCAGGAGGUGGAACCAAGUUGUCCAUAGUAUAUACAGUAUAUGAUGCAAACAUUCAUUUUGCUCAAAAGGUUGGUUUUUAUCUUUGAUCUUAAAAUGAUUGAAAGCCUAUUGAUUGAUUAAAGUAGCCUCUACCCUUACCCAGGCUCUACGAUCUCACUACUGUUGGUUGUACUUGUCAUCUACAGAUACCCUUAUAAUAGCUGGAGUUGAAAUGCUUCUCAACAACCUUCGUUUUCUGCACCAAAUUCAGAUCAAAUGUAUCACUUUACCAAUUAACUCCAGUGUUUUAUUAAGUUAAUCCACAACACAACAUGUAUUGUGAAUUUGAAGCAAUAUCCUGCUCAAUAGCGGUAGCAUUAUACGCAACUCCUAUAAUGGAGAAAGGCUGGUAGCUCAUAACUAUGAAGCCAAAGCUGUUGAAAAUGGAUUCUAAUACUGCAGACAGAAUGUGCCAUAAAGUCAGUAUCAACACAGCCUAGCCACUUAUUGUCAUUUGAAAUUAAUCUCCCAUUAAACUUCUGUGACAAGACCUCCAAGUACAGAGCUAGCGGCCCACUUCCCAGCAACAAUUUCUGAUCAGCUCAAGACUUGUCUUCUUAAAUCCGUCAACACUGUUUGAAUAAGACAGGUUUGUGGUGUUUAUUUUCUCAGGAGCAUUUCAUAAAUGAGUUAUCAAAUGACAUAUUCAGAUAAAAUUGAUUUAGAUCAGAUUUGUAACAAUAUUAUCUUUAGAAAAUACAGAAGUCCACACUGCUGAGGACCUAGAGGGCCCUGAUGACUCACCAAUGAUUGAUUGACACUCUGUUGACAAAUCCACCUCCUGCAGCAAUCUGUACCAGAUUAGCCGAGUAGAGGAAACAUAACAAACACUAACACAAGAGUCAUUGACACAAGAGACAUUGAACAAAAUCCAAUAGUGUCUGCUUCAAACCAACACAAGAAUCUGUUCUAACCACCUGAGAGAUCUUCAUGUGUUAUCUGCAAGUUAAAUGAAUAUUUUGGUGGGUGAAACGAGCUAGAUUGACACACCUUGGCCCCACCAGUAUAAGGUAGUAGUGCCAGUCUUGGCUGCACAUCUCAAAAAGGGGUGUUGGGGAUUCAGGCCUGCUGUCUUUAUUACUGUCGAUGGCAGUGACAUAUGGAGUAAUCUAUUUUAAAGAAAAUUUUAUUGUGCAAUUAGUAAUCUAUCCUAAUGGCAACCACAGUCUGGUGAAAGUUGAAUAAGAUUAUGGAAAGCGCUAAUGAUAACAUGGAAAAUUCAUGGUUUUGGUUUAUUACAGAAAAAAGGCUUCCCUGGUUAAAACACAGAACAUACAGUUGAACUGACAGCGCUCUUGUCUCCUUGAACUCAAAUAUACAAAGGAUUCAAAUCUCAUCUUCUGUCCAGGUGCUGAUAGCACAUCACUACAGUAGAGGGAAAUUGAUUAGUUUUGGGUAAAUGAUGUGUCUAUAGUAGCAGCCCGACAAGGCUUGAAUGAGCAUGUAAAUCUCUAUUGGUGGUCGAGUGAGUGACAAGAUGAAGAUCAGUAUGUCGAUUUCUGUAACAGCCGAGCUCUGUCUGCGGGCUCAGAUAAUGCAAGUGUCAAUAAUGGCUCAGAAUAGUGGAAGAAAAUCAUCCAGGAGUUUGUGGAGGUUUUACAUCUUUUUCCAUAACACAAGGAGCAAGGUCACAGAUUUUGUCGCUCUGUCUCACAGCGGCCGUGCCUGGAGUAUUGGAUAAAAAUUUCUCUCCAGCGUGGUGAACAGAUAAAAGAGAAACUACUUCCUGGGUGGCUCUAACCUUUUGGUGUCUUUCCCACCCCAGCGAACCUUUCCAAAACCUGCACAGCUGAUGGCUGGACGGAGAUGCAUCCUUUUGACAUUGCUGUGAACUGUGGGUAUAAUCUCAACGGCACAAGCGAUGAUGUGAGUAAACCUGUCAAAGAGAAACCGUUCCUCUGUGUAUGAAGUCACAGCAGCACGGUGUGAAACCAUCACAAGAGCCAGUGGGCAGGAAGAAUUUAAUCAAAGCCUCUUUUCUCUUCUCUGUGGGUGGAUGUGGGAGUGUAACUGUAUUGAUUGUUGCUUCUUGACUCAAGUCUUCGACUUAUAUUUGUUCUACGUCUUCAUUCAAUCUUGUUUUACGUUGUCUCAAGAGUAUCUCAAGUAACUCAUUUAUAUGCGAUUAACUCAAGUGAGGGUGCAGAAUAAUAACAUGAAAGUAAUAAAUAACUCGAUAUAAGAGCAUAAAAUUCUCAUCUUGACUGGAAGCCAUUAUUAAGAAGUACGCCCAAUCAAAUCAGUGCUGUACAUACACUUUGCACCAGUGCAGCUGUAUGUGCAGCUGUUUGAUCAUGUUUCAACGAAAAUAAAUCAUCCAAUUCAUUAAAAACAGCCACCACAGGGAAUUCAUCAGCAGAAGCAGCCAUCUUGGUUGUAUGUGAAUGUAUAUAUACAGCAGUGCCCCUGUGCUGUCACCUUUGAUUAAGGAGCGAAAACAUCCAGAUCCAGAGCACCGUUGUCUUUAUUCCAAAUCAUUGGUCCCAAAUUAACCACUUUGCUGGGUGGCGGGGGGCUCAGUGGUAAAGUUGGUCACCUGUCAUUUGUAAGGUCAAGGGUUAGAUCCCAACGCUACAAACCGCCACCUUCUUCUCUCUUAUUCUGCCUCUGUUCGUACCUGAGAAACAGCCCACUGCACCCUGCCAUCUCACUUAUUUGUGCAGACCAGGUGUAACAGAGGUGUGAAUGUCUGCCAUGAGUAGAGGUGUAACGGUAUUUGUAUUCGUCCCGAACCGUCACGGUACGGAGAUCACAGGACGGUGCACGCAGUCAUACGACGAAUACGUCUGAGUGUGUGUGUGUGGGGGGGUCCUCACUCCAAUCCAGGUGGCGGUAAUGAGCAUAAAAGCUGCCAGCAACCAUAAUUACCACAGAAGAAGAAAUAGUUAAGAACCAAAACGAACGAAAGUGAUGGAGAGUGUGGAGUUGGAGGAGCCGCCAGCUUUAUUUAAAUCAGCUGUGGUGCUGUAUAACAGCGAUGGCAGAGUGGUCGACCGGACGAAGACUGUCUGACGGCGAUGUUUUACGGAGGUGCGCUACGUCGCCGGCAACACAUCGAACAUGCUAACGCACAUCAGACGACACCAUCCCGACUUGUCCAUCACCGGUACAAGAAAAAAACAAAUAUGUGUGCAACAACUUAUCCCUGCUUCUUUUAAGCAGCCUCUUGACCAUAAAACGGACCGGACCAAAAACAUAACCGAAGCGAUUGGCAUAUACAUAUCAACAUCUAUGCGCCCAUAUGCAGUAGUGGAGGAGCCCGGUUUCAAACAUUUAUUGAAAGUACUUGAGCCACGCUACAGCGUCCCAUCCCGUGCGCAUAUCAGCCAGUCUGUGGUCCCUGCAAUUUACAAGCGUGCACGAGAAGAGGUACAGCAAGAGCUGUCUACUGCACAAGCUGUUGCCCUCACUACUGAUGGGUGGACCUCCCGUGCCACGGAAACGUAGACAAACUAAAUUUUUUGAAAAAAAAAAAAUCAAAAUUGAGUGACCUUUUCAAGAGGUGCAUGGCUGACCGUACACAAUCAGUUAAUCACAAAUGUGAUGCUUAUAACUAAAAGGCAUAGAUUUUAUUUUUCUUAUAUAUUUAUUUAUUUUGUGUUUUCACACCUGGAGAUGCUAUUCAGCUCUGUAUAGCCUUCUAUUUUUGUAUUAGCCUUAAGAUGGAGUGAUUGAAACACUAAUUUAUUUUGUUAUAUUUUUAAGUUUUGGUAGUAUUAAAAAAAAUUGUUUGACUUGUGCCAGUGUAGAAAUAUUGUUAAUAUGCGAGUUAAUAUUGUUAAUACAUGAGUACGUACCGAACCGUGACUUUUGUGUACCGUUACACCCCUAGCCAUGAGUGAAUGUGACAUAGAGUGUUCAGUGAUUUGAGAGGUCAAAAGACGAAAGAAAUUGCUGAGAAAAAGGUCUAUUCGCGGUUUCUUUAAACCAGUGGUUCUCAAGUCCAGUCCUCGAGGCCUACUGUCCUGCAUGUUUUGGAUGUGUCCCUGUUCCAACACACCUGAUUCAAAUGAUCAGCUCGUUAUCAAGCUCUGUAAUGGCUAAAUAACGAGCUGAUCAUUUGAAUCAGGUGUGUUGGAGCAGGGACACAUCCAAAACAUGCAGGACAAUCCAAAGGACUGGACUUGAGAACCACUACUUUAAACUGUCAAAAAUAUAUGGUGUAAAAUGUCCACGUAAGAGUCAAGUGCACUUGCAGGCUGGUGUAUUACUGUUUACUCUGUAAUUUUAGACUUUCUAGCUAAAUAGACCAGACUAAAGCCGGUAUAAUCCACAUCCCUCCUGCUACUGUGCCGCUGAAAAUGCAGGAAACACACAUCGUUUGGCCAAUGUAUGUGUUCAUGUUCAGUCCACUUGAGCAAUCCCUCUGGACAUCUAAAAGAAAAGUGACUUUGAAGAGAUAAGAUAAAACAUUCUGUUAGUAGUCCCAUAGGGGGAGAUUCCAAAAUUACAUUCAUAAAUUGGCACAUGACGCAUAGUGAUGUUAACUUUAUCAAUUAUUUAAAACUCUGGACACGCCCAGCGUAACAGACAAGAUCUUGUCAUGAUAUGUUCUGUUGUUCCCCUGGUUUGGGGGAUUUGAGUGUAUUUUUCCCUAGUGUUUCUUUUCCCCUUUGUUCCUGUUCCCCCAUAGUCCUGUCUUGUGAGUUUUCAGUUUGUGUCUGACUCCGUUUUCCUCAUGUUCUCAGUGUUUUGUUCUCUGUUAUCGGUUUUCAGUGUUUCCUGUUUUAUUUUGAAGUAGUUUAUUCCCUGUGUUUCUAGUUUUGUUUUACUUCCUCAGUUUUCCCUCCUCAGUAAUUGUUUUCACCUGUGUCUCAGUGUCUCACCUGCCUCUCGUUACUCGUUUCCCUGUGUGUGUGUAUAGUCCUUGUCUUCCCUUGUUUCUUUGUCAGUUCAUUGUAUGUGUAUGAGUCUCCUUGCAAUUUUUGUUUCUUUUGGAUUUUGCCUCUUGUGCUUUUGCCUUUUGGAGUUUUCUGUUGAAAAUUUUGAGUAAGUUUUUGUUGCGUUUUAUUUAGUUCAUUUUGAAUAAAUCAUUUUGGUUCUGCAUUUGGAUCCCUCCCCUUUCUGUGUCACCCUGAAACGUGACAGGAUCUAAUAAUUGUAAUCAUCUUUAGACCAGUUUUUAAGAGUGAGGUAUGACUUCAAACGGAGAGAAAAGCAGCUGACAUCCUCAUUUUAUCAAAUAGUUCCAAUACUUUUUUAUUCGAAGCUUUCAUCAGGCACAUGUCUUUGAAGCACAAUACACAUGAUUUUCACUGACAAGGUCAUGUCUGUUGGUAAUUCCUGCCUCUGCCAUAAGGCGUUCUGAGUCAUCAAAGGUUAUUCAUGUUGCCUACAGUAAGGGAAUAAAUACAUCAAAAUGUUUCUCUUGUUGAGCGUCGUCUGAAGGAUGCUGAGGAAGUCUAGUCUGAUUAUGAAGGUGGAGCUGGGUGAAGAAGAGAUGUGCGCUACAGGGUGGUAAAAGCUUUCUUGGUACACACUUUGCUGCUCUCUGUCUGAUUCAGCCUCAUUAGUAUGCCACAUAGGAGCCCAGCAGGGACCCGGCUGGUGAUGUACUCUAAAAGGAAUUCGAUGUCUGUCUCUCUGCAUACUUGAUACCUCCAUGUGCAGCGGGAGGCAGAGCCUUAAAUCUACAUUUUCAUCAAACACAAAGCACACUGUGUCUUGGCAGCAACACAGCGAAGCCACCCUGAAAGACUCUACAGGGGUGUGUGCUGAAGUCAGAGCUUUUGAAAAGCCAGACUGCUGUCUUACUUUAAUCAAUGAAAGGAUGGGGCAGGUGAAUGAGCAUCAGUGGAGACUGUUUCAUUGAUUUCUGAAAUGCAAGGCAAAGACUGUUCGGGGCGUCUUUAAGAAAAAUACUAAAGUCAUGAAAGAUACAAAUAAAAUAAAGCUCAGAGAGACAAACUCAACCUGGGCACUCCCUGUUUUUAAGAUAUGACUGUGCCCUGUCCAAUUUCAGCUUCUUCUGAAGUAUUAUUAGAUUUCAGAUAAAGUGAAAUUUUUUUUUUAAGUGAUAUUGGAAACAUGUUUAUUCAUAUCAGAAACAGUCUCAACUCUCUGUAUAUCUUUCUUCAACUUUCACUGAUGCUGGUUUUUUUUCUUUAGGGCAAAUUCUUCUGGCAGGUGAAGGUCGGCUACACCAUCGGCCACAGUGUUUCCCUCGUGUCUCUCAUCACAGCUAUUGUGAUCCUCUGCAUUUUCAGGUAUGUAGAAUUAUACUCUGUGACAUGCUGCAUGAAGAGACUGCACGUACGGACUGUGCAUAUUUAUAUUCAGGAAAUCAGUCUGAAAGGUUAAUAAAUCCAUGUCUUUGCUCCUGAUUGCUGAGGAAUUUGCAUUAUUGACUUUUAAGCUAACUCGUCAUUCAUAAAGCUGUUUUGUGGCCUUGUGUUGUCGACUGUUUGGAAAAAGGAUGAAAGAAUAAAAAGCAGGAGAACAAAAAAACAGUCCGCGCUGCAGGACCCCUGCUGGGAGCAUUAGCAUGAGCUGUUUACCAUAAAACACAAUGACAUUGGCGUUAUUCCUGCUGGGCCAUACCAUCAGGACAACAUGACAGUUGAUUUGUUCCAUUGCCACACAUCAAACACUUUGAACUGGGAUUUAAUGACCUCCGUUCAGUGCCGCUUCACACAAAAACAGAGGGCUUAAAGGCGAAAGAGAGAUUCAAACACAUUCUGAAUGAAAUCAAUCAGAAUUAUUAUUCUUUUCAUCCAUUUUUUGAUCCUUUGACGGCACAUAUCUGCAGCUGUUUAGGGAUUAUUCAUCUGAGGGAUGGUGGGAUUAAAAUGACUGAUGUGGUUCCUGUUUGACAAGACAGGGAUUGAUUGGGGAGCUCCUCGAAGACAAAGGCACUUUUAACGUUAAGAGUGGCAGAGAUCACAGCUUUACUGUCUUUACUCAAAGAUACACUUUUAUGUGUGUAGGUUAAAUAAUAAUGCAGUACAAUGCAAUAAUGCAAUUUAUUUCCUGUUGUUUGUCAUCUCUCUACCAAGUUUAAAAGAAUUAACCUUUAACAUCCCAGAAUGUUUCCAAAAGGUAAAAAAUAGAUUCAUAUCAAAAAUAGUGGAUGUGUCUCUUUUCUUGUGCUUCAUUUUUUCAUUGAAAACUCUUUAAGUAACAUAUUUUCUUUUGCCACACUUCCUCACUUUAGUACCCUUACUCCCUGUGUGCUCACUUCAUCUCCUUGACUUCUUAGCAGAAGUAAUUUGAUGCAACAAGUGCUUUCAUUUAACAAUUCAUGCUCUGCUGUCUACAAACUCCCUCCUGAACAGGGACACUUGGAGGAAAAGAGGGGGGAGAGCUCUUCUUGUAGGAAAUUGCAUUUUUCAUGUGUCUCUUUCUUGUAAUUGUUUACCACUUCAUUGUUGAAGCACAGUUGGUUACUGAUUAGAUCUACUUUUCAUUUUUACCACGAAAACUCACACAUCGCAAAUCAUUGUUUACCUGACAGUUUUGUUCGCCACUUUGCCUGUUCUCCAGUCAAGCGAGUUUUGCUCCCACUUUAAAACAUCCCACCAAGACAACAUCUUGCUGUCUCAGAAACCUCUUUGGUUAGAGCUUCUCUGUUUGGAUUAACUGCAAAAAUCACGGACAAAGACUUAUCACUCCAACCACUGGUGUCUUGACUGCAUGUAUAAAGCUGCAACAUUAUUUGACAGAAAACUCUUUGAUUUGCCGGGUUGCUUUUCAACACAUUGGAUAAAAAUUUCCACCAACAACAUAAAACCUGAUCAAAGAAAAGUUUAGUGUCUGUCUAAUAAAGCUGUGUCAGCCCCACAACUUUGAGGCUUGUUAGAGUUAGAGGAUGAGUUGAAUAUAGUGUAAAUCCAGCCCUGCUCAGUUGUUAUGAGGAGUGCUAUGAGUUAUGGAGACCAAAUAUGUUGUUUGGAUGAGGCUGUUUGUAUCUGUUUAUGUUUAUAUUUGCAGCAGAGAUGGAUGUUUAUCCCCAAAUUAGGAAUAUAUUGGUUUUUGUAGUCAGCCUCAAGUGUACACUAAAGGAACUGCAGUUUUUGCUCUUCUGCUUGGUUCUUACGAAAGAUUCUCACUCCUAUUCUGAAAACCAACUAUCGCUGUCAUAACCUCAUAGAGACGCGAUCUGAGUAAGAGCAGAUACUGUUCGUCUUUUUGAACAACUGUGACAGGAUGUGAACAAGCUCUCCUGGCUGUCAGAUAAGGUUAGAUACAAUUUUAAUGACCCCAGGGGGCAUAUUGAAUGACAGGGCAUGUGUUUCAUUACAGCAGGAUUUCUUUCCUACUCAGAGAACAAACAUCAUGUGUGACUAUAAAUGUCAGGAGCUAAUAAAAGACUCGGUUUUCUAAUCAUUUCAUCUUGUCAAGUUAAAGUAGUUAAAAGGAAGUUUGGAGUAAUUGAAUUUAAUCCCAAAGACAUCAGAGUGGUUCUGAAUGCUUGUUUUAUGCCUUCAGCGGUUUUCCUUGUGACUGUUUGAGCGUUCAGUGGGAUUUGAAGCAACUAAGUCAAGACUUGUGAUUAAGCAUGUCUGUUAUUUUAAGCCCUUAAAACACAAUCAGCAUGACGACCCUCCUUGUUGAAUUGUCUGCCUCUUGAUUGUUUCUUCAGGAAGCUGCACUGCACAAGAAACUACAUCCACAUGCAUCUCUUCGUGUCAUUCAUCCUGAAGGCCAUUGCUGUGUUCGUCAAGGAUGUUGUUCUGUACGAGGUCGGGGAGGUGGACAACUGCUCCUCUGGCUCAGUGAGUUGAUUAUCUUUGGUGCUGCUGUUUGUUGCCAAGGCUUUCACAUGAAUGGUUUAGCGUGUAUCAGCAUCCUUGAGAGCAGCAGAGCUACAACUCUUGUGGACGCACAGCGGGAGAGUGUGUCAAAGGGGGGGAGUGCAGACGUAACCCAGAGGUGCUCAUUAUCCACAUCAAACCACCUAAUGAGAGAUCCUCACAGCUCUACUGGGGAUGGCAAGAUAGAUUUCCAUUGCGUUGAUGUUUGACAUAAGGCAGGGAGAGAACUGAAGUGAUGCUGUCUUACUCCAAUUUAUGUUUUUACAAGGACGUGAUCAAGGAAAAGUUUAGCUUCACGUCAGUAUUACUAUAAAUAAGUAAAAGCUUCCAACCAGGAAACUGCAGGGAAUCACUCCUCUGCGAGUCACUCAAUUUCCCUGCUGUCUUUGCUUUGAUUUAGAGAUAAAGUAUGCAGCACUCAAGAAAUAUUGCCUGACAAAAGGUGGGUCCUAAUUUGUUGCCUUACCUUGGGGCCACGUCUGGAGGAGGGUCCCUUUGGAGAAAUCCAGCUUUGAGACUCAUUAGUUAUGUCUUGUCAUUGUGUCCUGAAUGUCUGCUCAAAGUAAUGUUUAGUUAAUUAGCUAGAAAGUUUAAGGAUAGAGGACCAGAAUAAAGGACACUUACUUUUUACCAGAAGCAUGUAAAAAAAGAGUCUCUGCUUACUAUUAAAUAUGUUCGCUUCUCUUUGUAUCCAGAGAGAUUUAUGGGUCUUUAAAAUUCCUUCGUAUAAACCUCUGAUUGAAGGGGAAAGGCUGAGCAGUGAUAGAACGUAAUUUUACUUAAUAUCUGCUGCUGAUCAUGACCACAGGAUGAGAAGUGGUCCUGCUGUAGAGUUUGAGUGAAGCAGAUUGUUGCUCUGAUUUCAACUCCACAGGAUGGUUUUGGGCUUUGCAGGCGCUGCGACUGUGCUUUGGUUGUAUUGAUUCUGGCUGUGAAACACAGUUUAUAUGAGUCAAAACAUUAAUUACCAGACGGGCAGCCCUGUCACCUUGGAAUUACUUUUAAAUCUAACUAAUGUGAAACAGUUAAUGAGUUUUUCCAGGAAAAAUUGAUACUGACCGAGCAACGUUUUCUAUUAGUGCACUAAAGAAAUCUUAAUUAACAGGCCUGGCAAGUCCUCUGUCUCUUAUUUCGACAAGAACUGUCUAAAGAAAAUUACACGAUGCUGUGACCUUUGCUAAUCUCUGAUCAGGAAAAAAAAACAUGGACACAGUUACAGUGACGUCAUCCUGGCCAAUUAAUGGUGGCGCCUUACCAGAAAUCUUGACUCACCUAAAUUUUGGUCGAUCAAGCAAGAGGCCAAGAGGUGACGAUGGGGCAGACCUAUAGCCUCCUUGCUUACAGUUAUGUGACUGCUCUGUGUUUGACAGUAGGCUACUUUAUCAGUGAGUUUAUUGUUAACCCAUGAGUCAAAGCUAUCACUGAAUUUGUACAUCAAAUACUGUCAACCCCCUCUUGUUUUAUUACAUUUCUUUUCUUACCUAUUUUAUGUUUUUAUUUUGGUCCUCAUGGUCUCAUUUUAUGUUGCAGGGUUCUUUUAUUGUCUGGGUUUCUUAUGACAAAUGAAACUGACCUUCAAUUCGGAGACCUUGUUUUAACUGAGCUUUUGCUUUUAUUCGUUUUUAUUUCCAUGCGCUGACGUUCUGCGCUGUAUGACUAUUUGUCAAAGCACUUUGUAAACUUCUGUUUUUAAAAGUGUUAUAAAAAUAAAGUUAUUAUUAUUAUUAUGUAGAGAAAGCAGCAUUUAACAGCAGCUGAUGACGUGAAGCCAAAGGAGCAGGGCUGCCCUUGUAUACUUCAAGCUGACAACUCAUAUGUGUUUGGAGAGAUAUCAAACCGAAAUGUUUGGAUUUCUUCCUGUCAGCUUUACAUACUAACGCCACUAAACUGCCACUGAGGCCACAGAUAGGCCCACAAGGUCCAUGAUAUGGCCACAUGACCAGUGGGCCAGCUGUGUUAAUGCUCCUUUUAAGUUGACAUGAACCAGAAGCUCUCUUGCACAGGCUGAAGGAGUCCUCCUCUUGACAUCUAUGUGACUGUCAUUACACAUGUUAGUCUUUUCAGUGCUACUUUCUAUGUAUGUGCUCUACAUGCUUUGUUUGUUAUCCAUCUGGCGGAUGUAUGUUGAAAUGACCUGUUAGAUUAUAAAUGAUAUAAUCCUCAUAUAGGGAAGCCUUUAACAUAUGAAUGAAUUAGGACACCUAACCACGUUUGUUGACACACUUCAGUGAGGCUCUGGUGAACAUUUGCACUGAUUUGCACACAUUAUAACAAGUACAAAGGUCUAUACAGCUCAGAUAGGUCAAUGUUGUUUUCCCUGUAACAUGCGAAGUAGAAAUUAAUUUGUUUAGUCUUUCAAACCCCGUUAGCCUCAGCUCCAGCUGCUUGACCUUCUUGUACAAGAAGUGGAUGCGGACAACCAACACAGGAUGUUAGUUUAUCGAGGAUGUGUACAUUUUUACAAGAAUUCCAGGCAUGUUUGAUUUAGCAAGCAAACAUUUACAAGAGACAGAGCAGAUGUCAAGGAGUCUUGGAGGGGCUCAGAAGAUCUUCCUUAUAUCGAUGGCUGCAGAAGUAAACAGAUUUUUGGGUUGCAUAAGAUUAGGAGUCUUCAAAGGCUCUCCUGAUACCCUGUAGAUUCAGUCAGAAGGGGUAACUGGAAAUCACCCAACCCUCUUUGUUGACAUGCACACUAUAGCGGUUUGCACACCAGGCUUUGAGCUGGUGGUUGAACAGCUUGGAUGCAAUGCCAGAAAGUCAGGUAGUAAACAAAACCUCAUCAGAUAAAGAAAGUGACAUGAUAUAUGUUCUGAUAUCUAGUUUUCCCCUGGUUUUGGUCUUUUGAGCGUACUUUCUUAAUGAAUUUCCCCCAUAGUCUUGUCUUGUGAGUUUUCAGUUUGUGUCUGACCCCAGUUCCCUCAUGUUCUCAGUUUUAUUCUUGAUUGUUUUCAGUGUUUCCUGUUUUAUUUUGUAGUAGUUAUUACCUGUGUUUCUAGUCUUGCUUUACUUCCUUAGUUUUCCCUCCUCUGCAACUGUCUGCACCUGUGUCUCAGUGUCUCACCUGCCACUCGUUGCUCGUUUCCCUGAGUGUGUAUAGUUCUUGGCUGUGUCAGAAAUGAAUCACUCAAUCCCUAACCCCUAAACCACAUAUGGAAUUUCACUAUAUAGCUGACUAUGUAGUGAGCUCUAUCACCGGAGGUUUCAGACACUACAUGGUGCACCGUUGUGACGUCAUUGCUCAGACUGCCGCUGGAGACACCAUGCAUGACAGGAUGCCCACCACCGGUGAGUGACCAUCGGAUGGUCACUACAUUUUGCAAUGCUCUAUGGGAAAUUUUGAGUCGCCUAUAUGGGGCGUUGGAAUUGAUCACCCAGGUUUCGGGCAUCCCUCAAAAUGGCGCUAACCCCCAUAUAGUCGCCUAUAUAGGGGUCAAGGAUCCAUUUGGACACAGCCCUUGUCGCCCCUUGUUUUUUUGUUGGUUCAUUGUGAAUGUGUGUGUUUGUCAACCUUUGUGAAUGCCAGUGUCUCCUUGUGAUUUUUUGUUCCUUGGAUUUUGCUUCUCUUUGGGAUGUUUUUUUGGUUGGACCAUUUUGAAAGUAAGUUUUUGUUGCUUUUCUUUUAGUUCCUUUUAAAUAAAUCAAAUUUUGUUCUGCAUUUUGGGUCCUUCCCUUAUUGUGUAACUCCAAACCAUCACAGAAAGGACAUUAGAAAGAGCCUUUAAAGUAAAAUGUGCCAUUCAAAAGCACAAAGUGGUAGUGGUGUCAUUUUCCAUCAUGGCAGCAGUGAGAAGUAGGAAGAUGCCAAGGUUAUUUAACUGAUGCGCUGAAAGGGACAAAACAGCUCAUGACAAAAAAAAAAAAAACUUAUUGUAAUUCAAAUGAAGUCUAAAAAAACGAAAAUAGUUUUCACCAGCACUGCUUCAGCAACCAGUCUCCAAAAGAUACUCUGAAAUAACUCUCAGCAUCAUCCUGGAAAAAGUUUAAAAAUUCUCCACUGAGGUGUGAAUGAGAUGCAGUUUGAGGUGCACCUCUUCAGACUUCAUUCAUGAUUCAUGAAGCUUGUGUGCGAAGUGUCCCGCUCUUCUGCAGAAGCUCCGGCUUUAAAUACCUGAGUUCAUUUUUCAUGCGGCACUUUCUUUCUCAUUCAUCAUUUGGAGCACUUCAUGAUGGGACAUAUGGUGAGGUGUUUUUCCUGUUUACGUCAUGACUUGUUUUUCCAUCUUCAGUGUUGAUGGGUUGAAUUUAGUCUCUGACAGAAUACAAACAUUGCAGUAUUUACCCCCUUUUUCACUCUUUUUUUUUUUUGUUCUUCUUCAUCCCUCAUCAUUCUCUGAAUAUAUACCUAACUAAUGUGCUUCAGUCUAUCCUAACAGCACUGUCCUUUUACCUCCCUCUCUUUUUAUCCCUUCUCUCAUAUGUUGUAAACACAUCCACCCUUUUCAAAUGAGCACAAUAUUGAUUUUUUUUUUCCUCAUCUGAGUGAUGCCCUCCCUGUAGGAUCUCUGGAGCGCUCGUCCCUAAAACAGCUUGUAGUUGGCUAACCUUAGACCUAUACAGUGUGAGUGUUUUCCAUAAACCAGAGGCUGUGAAAGACCUCAAUACAUCAGCACAGCCCACCAAAACCAUUAAAAAUGAAGCCCAUACUUGUUCAACAUGCUCAGCGCUUUGAAAAACCAGAGAGGAGCUGAUUGUGUUAUCUCUCCAGGCUGUUUCAAUGUCCCUCUCUGGUCUGUUUUUCACUGAAACAUCUGCUGGGACAUUUCUGGGCUUUUUGUUUUGGCUUUUUCCUCCCCUGGUCUGACGGAUAUGGAGCCUCUAUUUGAUCAUUUGCGACCUAAAAUGUUUGUUGAACCAGAGACAGUUUGGCAAACUGAGUGGUAUAUUAUACAUUUUUAAAGUUCAGAAAGUCUUUUUUUAUAUAGUUACUAAAAAAGGACCCAGCAAAAAGCAACACAGUGGUUUUCAAGUCCAGUCCUGGAGGCCCACUGUCCUACAUGUUCUGGAUGUUUCCCUGCUCCAGCACACCUGAUUCAAAUGAUCAGCUCGUUAUUAAGCCAUUACAGAGCUUGAUAACGAGCUGAUCAUUUGGAUCAGGUGUGUUGGAGCAGGGAAACAUCCAGAACAUGUAGGACAGUGGGCCUCAAGGACUGGACUUGAGAACCACCGCCCUAACCCAACUUCCACCUGUGCUUCCACCUGUCUGCACACAAAGGUCUGCUGUGUCCUUCUCAUGUCAAUCGCAACUGUCUGUUCCACUGAUAUCUCCCACUGAAAUAAAAUACAGACCAAUACCUACAAUUCACCUUUUUCACUCGAUUUUACUUCUCCAUUUUUUGUAAAUUUACACUUUUAUUUUGGGAAAUACAUUGUCAGGAACUGACUGUGGCUAGAGACUCAAAUGCAGACACGUUUAUUAACAGUCCAGGGGUCCGUUUCACGUAGGUGGUUCAACAAACUCUGAGUUAAAUCCUUAACUCUGAGUUGAUCUACUCUGAGUUAGGAAACUCUGAGUUUCCGGUUUCACAACACCUGAUUUGAGACGGUUUUAACAACUCCGAGUAGUUUGACCUGGAGUUAAGCACGUGCACGCCAGACAUAAACAGCCAGCAUCUGUGGAGCGCAGAUUCAAUGAUCAACCAAUGGAAACAGGGAGAAGGAGGGGGCAGCAGCAAGCCAACAGCGAAUUACAGCACGUUUUUAGAAGAAAGUGCAAUACAGCAGCAGCUGCAAAGGAGAGGGAGAGGGCUUGGGAGGAAAUCGCUGCUCGCGUCAAUGCAUAUCUUUAAAUCUAGUCUCGUGCCAUCACAAUGACAGACUGUUGCAGGGAAACUGCUUGAAUCAUUUUGAUCAUGUUUUACAUUGUCAAGUAAGUAUUAAGUGGCAGUUUGAUCCCUUAAAAAUGCUCUUUUCACACUCAAAAAUGAAUUUUACUCUCUAUGAUGUUCCGUUAAAUGAUUAGGAAUAUUAAACUAACUCUCAGUAUGUAUAUGUACAUAUAUUAAACUAACACACACUACACUCAAUAUUAGACUUUCACUCAGCAAACAGAAAGAGGGCAGAUGCCAGAAAAACGGGUGGUGGCCCAGCAGCCCCACCUUUAACGGAGGCAGAGGGCAGGGCUGACAGGAACACAUCUGAAACACACUGGGGUUAGUGACUUUAAAAUAAAACACACAGGAGACAUAAGACAGGAAAUGAAAAAAUUAAAGAUAACUUGACCCUGAUCAUGACAUACAUGACAUUUUCGCUACAGCUUUUUCCAUGUAAAACUAGGAGAAUAACCUUUUUUAAUACCCUGUAAUUAGCCUGUUAUAAUUUCCUAUGCACUGAGAGCAAAGAGGUGAGCUUGGUUUAAUUGAGCUGCAGUUUGCACAGCAUGUCAGCUAACUUGUGCUGCCCUCGCUGUUCGAGUUCUUGGAGGUGUGGGACUCUUUGUCCGUGUCAUUUAUCGACGGGAUCGACUUUUUAAAUAGAAGCAGCCCUCAUGUAAAGGUGGUCAAUCAGGGCACUUUUCCAUUUUCUAACUGGUUGCUGCUUCCAUAGAGAUAAAAUUGCACACUUUAAGUGCAUAGUUAUGGCAGUUUUCCUGUGGAGGUAUGCAGUACUGAGAGAAUUAGGACAGUAAUCCUUCUGUGUUAUUUGUGUGUUCUUAGGUUGGCUGCAAAGUCGUCAUUGUGUUCUUCCAGUACUGUAUAAUGGCCAGUUUCUUUUGGCUGUUGGUGGAGGGACUAUAUCUUCACGCACUGUUGGCUGUCUCUUUCUUCUCUGAGAGGAAGUACUUCUGGGCUUACAUCCUUAUCGGCUGGGGUGAGAGUGUCUUCCUUUUAAGCUGUGAUGUUGCAUUUCUCUUCUGAUGAUGAAUUACAGGUCGUGUGGUCCAACCUCUGGGAUGUAAUAACUCAUGCUUAUACUUCAAUAUCUUUUUUAUGCCUCCAGGAGGUCCAACAAUUUUCAUCACAGCCUGGAGUAUCGCUAAAGCUUACUAUAACGAUGUGGGGUAAGAAAAACUCAAGGCAACUGCUUGACCAGUGCCAGGAUUUGAUCUCUUAUAAGCUUUGAUUUGCAACAACUAGAAGGUGAAUAUUAUUUCCAUGUUUUCACAGGUGCUGGGAUAUAAUUGAAAACACAGAUGUCUUCUGGUGGAUCAUUAAAACCCCAAUCUUAGCCUCAAUCCUGGUAGGUUUUAAAGUUAUUUUUCUUCAAUUCCAGUCCAUCAACAUCACGGCAAUGUGAAGCCAAAUUUGUUCAAAGAAAAAUCAGCCGUCACUUAGAGUGAAAAACAUUACCCUCUAUUACCAUCAGUCUUUUUGGCGUGAAAGCUUCUUUUUAGUAUUCUCACUGUGUAAAAUUCUCCCUGAGAGGUUGUCACGACCUCAAAGUUCUCACUUCACUUAGGCUGGCAGCACGAUCAAGUAGGUUUGUUUUAAGAACAUAACAGGGUCGCCCUAAUCUUCAUUUAACCCCAGCGUCAUUAUGGCUUUUGCCUGUCUAUUUGCGAGUUUAAAAGAUUAUUAGAUUAUUUUAUGAAACAAAUGGCAGCUAAAGAAAAUAAAGCCUGCUGUUUGUCAAGAACAUGGCAACUAUGUCUAUUAGCAAAGUUUAUUGAAUUUAACUUUGCUGAAAAUAAGUCAGUCUUGUGACAGUCUUGUAUGAGUGUCAGUAUUUGUAUUUUUUUGUCAUGCCACAAGUUAUUUGGUGAUUGAAAACACUCUCAUUUCUGUUAAGUGUAAAGUCUAGCCUGACUCAGGCCAAAUCUUGGGGAAGGAUCUUCUCCACAGCAGCUCUAAAAUGGUUCAAUGUAAAACACAAAGUGUAUCAGUUAGCUGGGCUAUAGUUUGACCCAUAACCCACUAAUUGACACUUAUUUUGAUUUGGGCCAAACUCUGUAGUGGAAAGUAAAAUCUAUAAUUGCUGUAAGCAUAAUUAUCAAAAAUUAAAACAACAACGAAAAAAAGACUUAUUUCUGUGAAUCAAACACCAGGUAGAAAAACAGAUAACUUAGUAGUUUAGCAUAUUGCAUUGCCUUUGAGUUUACAUCCAACAUACUAGCUGUCUAGUGUGUCUACAUUUUCUACCUCCAUAUUUUAGAGACAGUUUUAGAGAUAAUGUCGGCUUUUAUCAGCUGCUUUUGUCCUCUUUUGCCUUUUCUUGGCAGUGCUCGGUUUUUGGCUCAGCAGGUUUUCGUUUACUUUGUGUUUUUUUUAGAUUAAGAUCAGGAUCAGCAGCCUGGCUGUCAGAUCCCCGUGUCUGUCUCUUUCUCUGUUUUUCUCUCCUUUCUCUCUCCCCUCUGCAGCAGCAGAUUGAUGUGUGGAGCUUUAUUCUGCUGCCAGUUCUGAAGUCCAACACAAAUGAACUAUUUAGAAAUGUUAAUUUUCCUGCAGGGUAGCAAGAUAAUCCAAUUGAUGCGAGAUGAAAUACAGCAACAUGACAUUGUAGUGGGGAGCAUAUCAAAUAUUCCUCAGCAUCUGUCAAACAUGAGAAGCAUGUUUAAUCAAACUUGAAAUUAUAUCAGUGUUUAUUAGAAAAUGCUGUCACGUUUACACUAUUUCUACAUCUUCCACAGAUGAACUUCAUUCUGUUCAUCUGUAUUAUAAGGAUACUUCGCCAGAAAAUCAACUGCCCAGAUAUUGGAAGAAAUGAGUCCAACCAGUACUCGUGAGUAUAGUUUCAUUCUUACACUCAUCAUAUGAAAUAUCAUUAUUCCUCCUACACUUGAAUUUGUACAACACUGUAGAAAUUAUGAUUAUUUAGAAAUGUAAACAAAGAUUAAACACAGAAAGCAGGGGGUUUAUUUGUUCUAUGAGUACAACUGUGGCUGUAAAUUUAAUCUUUUCUGAGGUGUUUAAGGUUUAUGAGCAAGUUUAACGUCCUUGCUCAAGGAAAUGAGUCAUAUUGAGGAGAUCUACAUGUGAUCUCCUCCAUCUCAUGUGCCAACUAUAAUGCAUGAGCUAUUCUCCCUCUGUCACUUUUAACAGAGAUUUUUUCAAUCUGCUCCUCUGUGCUGAAACGUGAAAUGAACAGCACUCAGUAGAUGCAUUCAUUAUUGGCAUAUGGAGAAAAAGAGUGGAAAAUGGUUGUCAGCGGAGGGAGACAUUAUUAUCUGUUUUUGCUUUGUUGUUUCAGGAGACUGGCAAAAUCAACGCUGCUUUUGAUACCUCUGUUUGGCAUCAAUUUUAUCGUGUUUGCAUUCAUCCCAGAGCAGGUGAAGACUGAGCUUCGGCUGGUUUUUGACUUGAUCCUUGGAUCAUUUCAGGUAUGAUGCCGACUUUUUAUUAAAAAAAGUGAUUCUAAAGUCAUCCUUUCACCAGUCCUUUACAGUUUGAAAAGCUUUGGGUUCCUGUUGGCCUAAGGCAGGGGUGGGCAAUCAUGUGCCAUGGAGCGCUGAGAGGCUGCAAGUUUUCUUUCCAACCCAAAACUCUACCUGGUGAUUUCACUGAUUAGUCCCUGCUCUCUGCUUGGAGGUAAGGUAAUCAGUGAAAUCACCUGGUGGAGUUUUGGGUUGGAAAGAAAACUUGCAGCCUCUCAGCGCUCCAUGGCACAUGAUUGACCACCCCUGGCCUAAGGGUUUGAGGGUACUCCGUAUAUAGUUAAAAAAGUCAGAUCGCCCCCCAAAAUACUAUUUUUACCCAUAAGUGUAAUCUAGAUUCAAACAAAAAAAGUCUUGAAAUAUUUCACCUUGUGUGAGAUGAAUCUAGAAUACAUGGAAGUUUCAUGUUUUAUUAAAUUGCAGGAACUUUUUCAGGACACCCAUUUUUUUAGAUUUUUUGAAUAGAGGCUGUAAUCCUUGUUGCAGCGGUCGCUGUGUUCGACUGCCAGUGUUGUUUGCUGCCUGUCUUCUUGCACUCUCUACUCCCCUCAUUUCUUGUGUCUCGUCAGCUGUCCUAUCCAUAAAGGACAAAAUUUCUAAAAAAAAACAAAACAAACAAACUUUGAAACAUUAAUCAAAAGUUCAGAAAAACCUCAGACUUUUAAAUUGAACUUCCUAAAGAUAACGUAAUGAUUUGGCGCCCUGUCAGGCAAUACCUGCUAGUGUCUUUAUUAAAGAAAGCCCUGCCAGGAGUCUGUGGCAGGUCUCCAGGCACUUUGCUCCCUGAUUCAGUGGCAGCGUUAUUGUUUCAAACCCUGGAGUUAUUUCAAUUCAUCACAAAAUCAGGAGUGAUGGAGAACGCAGACAGAGGGCAUUACAGCCUGUUUGGACUCUUUCCAGUGCUUUCCCUUUGUUCUUCCCAUCCUUCCUUCUCUUAUAGACCAGGACUUGUGUGCAUUGUUGCCUGUGUAAUCCAUUUUAAUUAGCAUUAGCUAUUGAUGUCAAGACAAAGCCUUUCACUGUGACAGUCCGUUAAUGCUCUCUAAUCUGUGGUUUUCUUUCCAUAUAGGGAUUUGUGGUCGCAGUCCUUUACUGCUUCCUCAACGGAGAGGUAGGUGUCCCCCUCCUCACUGAGAUAUAAACACUGUUUGUGUAAAUACUCUGUUCAAACCUCAAGAUUCCCAUGCGCAGAUAGCCCACAGUCCCCCACAGUACACCAUUAACAUUCACACACAGUCCUGAAAAGGUGGGUGGAGAUGUGAUUAUGAGUCAUCCUUUCUGGCCGGCCAGGCUGACUCCCCCCCUAGUGGCAUAUUUUUUUUCCAUGCGCUCUGCCUGCAGGAUGGGAGGGCUGUAAAAAGCUCAGCCUCUCUGGCAGGGAGACUCUCAGUCCUGUCUGCAGAGGCUCUCCGUGGGCACAUUAGUUAUGUUCCCGAAGUUGGGCCAGAUUGAAUCACAAUGAUGGGCUGGAUGGCAAGCCCUUAUACUAUGCUGCAUGAAUUUUAAUCUGCGACAAUUUCCAGGUGUCCUCUGAAGUGUGGAUGAGUGAAAUUGUUAAGUUGGUCCAGCCUCCAGGAAUGGUUUGUGGUCCUUGAAUUGUGUGCAUUGUUGUUGAGAUAAUAUUGGUACAUCAAGAUGUUGCUGUACACGGUGAUACACCAAAAACAGAAUUUGCUUACAUGAAUGUGGACAAAAGACAGCGAAGGUCUCUCGGGUUAACAAUGGAGGAAGCAGAAAAGCUUUGCUGCUGAUUCAUCUUGUUUAAAGCUCUUCUGCUAUUUAAAUCAUUGUUUCAUUAGACAAGCAUAGAUAUGAAGUAGCACAAUAGUACUUUCUCGUUAUUGGGUUAGUUGGUUUAAACAAUACAUCAUACAUUCAGAGCAAUCCUUGAAUGCGUCUCUUUCUCUUUUGUGCUUGAGCAUUGUGUGCUUAAAAAAUGAGAGUGGAAAAUAAACUAUCAUUCUGUAUUUAUGUCUAAUAAUUCUUCAUGUCUUCGAUUUUGCUCAUAUCUUUUGGUGUCAUAGCGAGUUACAGAGGCUCAGCUUGUGGAGGAUUUAAAUCUUUCAACCAAAUAGCUUUUACACAAGCCGACCAAGUUCUCUCUGCACUCUGGCCAAAGCUGUUAAAAAAAACAUGUUUAAAAUAUUCAGACUACAUUUAACUGGUUUUUUUUUCCUUCACUGUAAAAAAAUCUGCAGGUCCAAGGAGAGAUCAAGAGGAAGUGGCGGAGAUGGCACCUGCAGAGAUACAUGCGCUCCGACACCAAGUACCAACAUCCGUCUAUCGGCAGCAGCAACAACUUCAGCACUCAGAUCACCAUGUUGACGCGCUGCAGCCCCAAAACGCGCCGCUGUUCGUCCUCGUGUCAUGACGACCUGUCCAGCAUAUGAAAACAUAUCACACACACACACACACACACACACACACACACACACACACUCACUCACACAUACACAGACACACACGCACACGCACGCACACACAGGGAAGAGGACAUACCUGCUGUUGAGGUUGCUCUCAUGCCAAACAGCAGGCAGAAAAGAUGGAGCAUAUGUAAUCUUCACAAUAAAACACACACUCUCCCUUAUGAGCACACUCUUGUUUGAUGCUUUGGUUGAGUGUCAUGUGAACAAAAGAAAGUUAAUAUAAAACAUCAAUCUGCUCCUUAUCUUGAAUAGGGACAAAAAAAACAACAAUGCAUUACUCACUUUUUUGCACAUUUAAAGGAUAACCGUUUUUUUUUCCGUCUUAUUAUUUCAUGGAGCGCACAUUUACAGAGAAACUUGUGUGUCACAUAAUCAUGAAUCAUCGGACCACUUGUGAUUCAGUUUCCUAGGCAGUGGAGAAUGUCACAUGUUAAUGGGGUCAGGUGGAGAAAUCCACAUGUGAAGCGUACCGUUAGCCCCACAAUCUGAUGUAAUUAUUGGCUGAUUGAAAAUCACUCUGUGGAUUCCUGCAGGGCCACGAUUAAAACUUGUGCAAAGACACAGCAUGCAGAAGAGCAGAGGUGUGCAGCAACUUUUCAAGACAUGAAAAGUACAGGACAGCACCUAUCCCUAGCAACGUGUAGGAAAGUACGAAAAGCAAAGUGUGCAGCAUUUUGAUUUCCUUUCACUGUAGGAAGAAAAGCCAGUUUGAGACUUCAGACCGGCUGACCAAUGUGAAGCUGAUUCACAGUGACGGGUUUGGAGCACACAUGCCCUUUUCUGCACUAUCACUCUCAUGAGAGACUUCUUUUUAUUAGUUCAGUUCCCUCUUGUUUUGAGUGACUCUAGGCCUGUAACAGAGUUGAAGUUUGUGCUCAUGCAGUUUUGUUCUCUGAACCGGGGAACAGUCUGUUUCAGUAUUCUUUUAAGUGAUACUUUCAAUCAAAUGGUUGCUGGCUCUAAAGCCGCACAGAAACCAUGGAGAGGAAAUGCCUUUAAGCAAUCCAGCCUUUGAAUGUUUACAUUAACAUGGAGGGAGUCAUUUAACAUUGUACAGACAGAUACACAGCGUAAAACAAUUAUGGAUUGUUCUGUUGCAGCGAUUGUAUUGUGGUUGUUGUAAUUGUUGUUUGCUCAUAUUAUUGCAACAUGUAGGGUUUAAAGCUUUUCCAGGGAGAUAAAUUUCUCUCGUACGGGCUUGUUUAUGAAGCAGUUUGUGGCUUAAUGUUAACAGCUUAAUAAAACGCACUUCAUCACACUACAGGCACACAGAGAAGCUUCAUUGUUGAGUCUUUGGGAGAUUAAAUGUUAGCUGAAAUCUCCAUUGACUUGUCAGGUUUAAUCUUCUACACCAGAGGACUUUGAACAUGUACCUACUUUAAUAAUAAAGCAGAGACAUUGGGGGCUGGUAUGAAAUGCAAAGUAAGGUGACAGGGAUGACUGGCCCUGCCACAACGAUGCGAUCAGGAUGCUUUUUUGCUAACAAGUUUAGACUUGAAAGUCAAUUGCAUGUGCAUCAAAGAGCGAACGUCCAGACGGUCCAGCGUCACCUGCAAGGAAAGAGUAACCUCAACCCAGUGCAGGUUUGGAGGGUCAGACAGGCUAGCUAAGCAUAAAAAAGAGAAAAGAAAACACGCUUUGUCGAUUAAAAAAAGCUUUUGAUAGUGGAUGUUAUGUUGGUGACUAAGACGUUGUGGAAAAUAAAUGUUUUUACCGUCUGUAAAAGGAUUACAAAAGAGGACAGAUACUGCUCUCUGUUAGCUUAGGUUGGCACUUAAACGUGAAACCAGUGGGAACAGCUCUGUUAAAACAAAAAUAAAUCUAUUUUCCAGCACAAUUUAGGUUACUUUUAGUUCUUUAUGUUUAGUAACUUGUAUCUAGUCCAAAUAAACUGUAAUGAACCAUGUUGACUCAAGACAACCAACUAAGCUAGCUGAUCUGGUGCAAGAAAUAAGCUACAUCUGUAAAUCUGCUUCUUUUUUCAGAUAAACAAUGAAAUAUAACUUAAAUAAGCUACAAAGAUACCAGUAGAAAGAUCUUUUCUACUAACCUUUGGUGUUACACAUUAUUUCGCUGAGCUAGAUUACCGUCUACUUUAGUUCUUUGUUUCAUGCUUUAGGAGUUAAAUUCCUCAGUAUCUGACCUCAGUAUUUCACAUUGUUUGGUGUAUGUCUUCUGUUGUCAGUAAAGUAAUUAUGUCAAUUUGCCAUUUUACCUCUAAUAUCUCCUUAUUGCUUCAAAGUGUUUUGUAACGCUAGGCUAACUAGCUCCUGGCCUUGUGGUAAAUGUAAAGCUUUGGGAGUGAAAUUCCCGUAAAGACUCUUUAUUUCACAUUGUUUGGUGUCUGUCUUCUGUUGUCAGUACAGGUAAAUGUAAUUAUGUGAAUUUGUUCUUAUACCUCUAAUAACUGUGGAAUGUAAAUAGAUCUGUACAUACUAAAGGGAAACAAUUCAAAUGUACAGAGUUUUUUAAAGAAGUUACAGGUAUUACUAUCUUAUUUUGUUCUGGUAACCUGGCAUGAUUGUCUCUGUAUCUAUAUUUAAAAUUGAUAUCAAAUGAACAGUGGCUCUUAUAUGUGCUAACAGUAUUCAGAAAGCAGGUUAUGUAAUAGAGAUUAGUGUUUUUGCAAACUGGAUAUUGUGUUGUGUAAAAUAAAGAUUUGAGCGUUCAGGUGUUUUUGGUCUAGCAGGUGAAAUGUAAACCUUUAAAAAGCCUCAGUGUACUGAAAGUAUUAUUUAUCAGAUCACAUUUGUGAACACAAAAACAAACCUGGGUUUGUUUGACCUUUUUUUGUAUUUUCUUGUGGUUGUUAUUCAUUUUAUUGCACAUUGUAUGUUGAGAGUGUUAGUUACAGGAAUUCAACUUGCCAUACAUUUUUUGAUAUUGUUCCACUCCGUCUGUUUUCAUUAAAUUAUUUAGAGAAAUACAA